AGAGACACGUGACAAGGCAAGGGGAUAAGAGGCAGAAUCGGAAUCAGCCUUCGGCGCGAGCCAGGCUUCCUUUCGGAGAAUCACAGUAGCAGUCCAGGGGCAGAAAGAAAGAAAGACAGGAAGAAAGUGAAGGCAAGCUCUUAACCUGCAACCUGAAAACUUCCCUCUCUCACACACCAGCAAGACUUUCCUGCAGAAGAAAGAAAAUAAAAGAAGACAGAAUUGCCUGCCUGCCUGAUCAAUUUAUUUUUGAGAACUUCUUAUUAAGAGCCGAGAAACCUCUGCAGGUGUGAAAAGCCAUCUGAUUCUUAAAACAACAUGACAACCCAAAUAGACACUAGCAUACAUUAUAACUAUGAGUAUGAAGAGGACGAGUAUAUGAACCAAGAGGAAGAAUGGGACAGGGACCUGCUCCUGGACCCUGCCUGGGAGAAACAGCAAAGAAAGGUCAGGAAAGAUUCUUUACUUAUUCACUGGAUUUACAGUAUAUCCCAUCUUUCUUCCAAGGAACUAAGGGUGGUGUACAUGACUCUUCCCCUUCCCAAUUAUAUACUCACAACAACCCUGUGAGGUAGGUUAAACUGAGAAAUGUAAACUGGUCCCCAGAGACACCAAACGGGUGAAGUUUCAUCUUCGCUUGCUCAAGGAGCCUGUACACUUUUGUGCAUGUUCUGUUCAAUGUGUGAUGAGGGAUAGCUCAGUUGGUAGAGCAUGAGACUCUUCAUCUCAGGGUUGUGGGUCCGAGCCCCAUGUUGGGCAAAAGAUUCCUGCGUUGCAGGGGGUUGGACUAGAUGAUCCUUGUGGUCCCUUCCAACUCUACACUUUGAUUAUAUGAUUCUAUUCCAUGGUGUUGUUUUAAAUGGCAGCUGUGAGGAAGGGGUGCUCAGGUUUGGCACUGUGGAUGGUGCCUGGAGAACAAUUUGCUGUGGGAGGGAAGCUACAAUUGGUGGCGAUAACAGCAAAAUCACAAACUUGAGAAUGCCUACUGUAGCAUUGUUUAAAUGAAAUGAAAUAAAGGGAGGAAUUCAAUGUCACGCUAAGGUGAUAGUUCCACCAGGGCAAGCAUUUUGGCUUGCCUGAUGGAAUGAUUCCCCCCCCCCACGCCCAGAGUGUGUGCUGUUUGGGGAGGGGUUUGUGGUCCCUCCCUGUCCCCAAGCCAGUUUCAGGGGGCACACAGGAGGAGAAAAGGAGGAAAGUUCCAUUGUACAACCAGAAUUCUUUGUGCAGGCUUCCACUGAUGAAACUCAUGAGUUGGAUCCCAACCAAAUAGAACAAAAGAGACUUAUUAAACACAGUUAAAUAUUUAAUGUAAAAAGUAGUAGAGUGGUACCUCGGGUUAAGAACUUAAUUCAUUCUGGAGGUCCGUUCUUAACCUGAAACUGUUCUUAACCUGAGGUACCACUUUAGCUAAUGGGGCCUCCCACUUCCACUGCGCUGCCACUGCACAAUUUCUGUUCUCAUCCUGAAGCAAAGUUCUUAACCCAAGGUACUAUUUCUGGGUUAGCGGAGUCUGUAACCUGAAGCGUCUGUAACCCGAGGUACAACUCUACAGGCAUUCCCAACCUGGCACCCUUCAAAUGCUUUGGGCUACAGCUCCCAUUAGCACCUGAUGGGAGUUGUAGUCCAAAACAUUUGGACAGCACCAGGUUGGGGAAGGCUGAUGUAGUGGGGUUUUUGUUUGUUUGUUUUUAAUUUAAUUUAUAUCUUAUAUUUCAUACAAGGAGAUCAAAGCAGAAUACAUGGUUCUCACCAGCCCCUUUUUAUCCUCAUAACAACCCCGUGAGGUAGGUUAGGCUGUGAGAUAGCGACUGGCCCACAGUCACCCAGUGGCUGAGUUGAAAUUUGAACCUGGGUCUUUCAGUCCUAGCCUUGUAAUCUAUUCUACAGCACACUUGACUAUAAUUUCCCUAGGAAGUUCUCUUGCAAAAACCCCAUGGAAUUAAAUGAAAACAUCACAAGAGCAAAGAAGUAGCUCUUGUUUAGCUACCUUUUCAUUUUUACAGGAUUUCUAUGGAAGAAUCUACUCGUGGAUAAUUCCCCCUUCCCCCAAUUUUGUUUGAAAAUGCUUUCAGCUAAAAAAAAUACUUCUGUAUUUUUGAACUCAUCCAUUGCCUUCCAUGGUGUUGACCAUUUCCUAACAUGAAUUUGAGCCAGAUCUACACCCCUGCUUCCUUCAUCAAAACAACAAUAUAGAUAACAAAUUGAUUCAAAGGUAAUACAAAAUGCAGUGAAACGCUAGCAAAAGGCAACCAGCGUCAAAGAAAGGAAAAUAAAAAAUUAAUAAUUAAAAAGAACUAGGCAGGUGCAGGAACUAUACACAUUAAAAUUCCUGAGUAAAUAAAAGUGUCUUAACCUGAUGCUAAAGGAUGGCUAAGCCAGCACUAGGCAUAUCUCUUUAGGGAGGGCAUUCCAAAGCCGGGGUCCUACCUGCCCCAUUGAUCUUUCAAGAGACAAUCUUUGAAUUUACAUGCUUCCAGUCAAAGACUAAUCUGUAUAAGGCUAGCAAGCUGAUAGGAUAUAGAAUAUUUUCAAAGCAGUGUGACAAAUUUGUUGUGAAAUCUAUUGGUUCCCUCUUAUAGGAAUGAGAAAUAAUUAUAAUCUGGACUAAUCAAGGGUUGGUUCUGAUUAUACAGUUGAUUUGCACCAAUAAAACUUCUCAAACAAAUGGUCUUCUCACCUGAAACUGAAGGUUUUGUGGCCCCAUAAAAGAAAAUAAAUGACAAAGUUUUUUUGAAACUUUUGCUUCAGACUUUGAAUACAAACAUUUAUUAGCCCACAAUAAAGUUUGUCAUGCCUAAAUAAAUUUCCCAUUUGUUUCAGUAGUGUAAAGCAUGACUGAUUUUCUUUGGAUUGCAGCCUUAUCUACUUGGAUUCCCAGCAGAAUAAUUUACACUUAUUUAUUAUUUUGAUUUUCUGAAAAUGAAGCAUGGAUUUUUAAAAAAACACACACAACCUACUUGUGUGAUCCAAAAGAAUUUCAGUAGCAUGAAAAGAUGCUAUUGGCCCAAGGGAACAUGUCAUUUGCUUUUAUAAUUUAUAAUGUUUUGUGAAAACAUUGUGGGUUUAACACCAAUAAUUAGACAAUAUUUCAGGAUGCAGUUGAAGAAGCCACCCAUUCAUUUCAAUGGAACAUAUUCUAGGUUUGCCAUAUGUUUGGAAUAUCCUGGACAUACAUGGAAUACUGUAUCUGAAAGCAGUGUCCUGGGAGAAAUCGGUUAAAUUUCUGGGAAAAUUCGGCCGUAAAGCAACUGAUGUCAGCAGUGUCAUUUUUGCCGAUUUCCCUUAAAAAAAAAAGUUUAAAAAUGCCCAAUUUCUUUGUGAUUUUGCAAAAAACAAACAAACCCCUCAACAACUUUUCUGUCCUGAUUUUUUAAAUAUGGCAACCCUGUCUUGGCAAGUCCCACAGAUGUGAAUGGAGGCUGUGCAACAGUAGUGCUAGCGGAUUGCAACCAUUAUUACUUUCCAUUGUCCUGAACCUUUGAAACAAAUGUUAAAUGGAUGCACAUGUCUAUAAAUAGUAUCUGAUAGAAGGCAUUCUUUUUUCCAUGGCUUGGAGAUCAGUCUGAACAACAUCCUCUCUCAGUAGGAUUGAUGGAUUUGAAAAGUUCUGAGGGUGUCAGACUCUUCUCCAUAGUGCUAUAAUAAGCUCCACAAAGUACAUUCCUGAUGUCCGUAUAUACGACGAGAAGACUGUAGCUGCCUGGUUGUUGAGCUUUGUUCAAACGAGUAAUAUAAUAUUGAACGGUGAUCUUCAAGCAAGCCUGGCAGUUGGCUAGCAUACAUGUUCUAUGAGACAAUCUUGGAACAGGACAAAAAUAAAUGCCAUUGUUUCUAUUGUGGGCUGCACUCUCCAGACUUGCCAUUUCAGGAUAUGCAUGGUAUGAGAUCUGUCAACAGUUGCUGGUUACACAUGAUGACGUCCUUAGGAUUACAAUGGACGUGACGCCUAAUUAUAACUCCAUCUCAUAGGGUCUCAUGGUCUGAAAUAAUUCAGACCCAGUGCUGGGGAAUUCUCGGUUUCAAAGUUUUCUAUAAAUGUGGUGUGCACGUGUAGGGCACUGCAUAGAGUGUCAGGGGAAUAGGUGGGAAACAGAAAGAAACUAAAGUUAAGAAAGAUGGCAGAUUUAAUAAAACUGUCCCUUUAUAUGAAAGUCAUUGUUUAAUGUAUAAAACUAGUUAAUGAAAAUCAGAUCAAUUAAAGUUAGAUUCAGCCACUCUUUAAUACAGUGAUUUAUUUUAAUUCAUUAAUAGGGUUGAUUCACACCACCACCUUAUCAUGUGUCAGAAUAUGUUUACUGGGAACUGCAAGUGCAAAUCAACACAGCUCCAAAUGUGCAUUCAGCUGCAUUGUCUGCACUAAAGAUGCUAGUGUGGCCACUUAGACAUUGCAAUUUUAUUUUAUUUUUUGCAAAGGUUGCAGAUUUGCACAAUAUUGCAUGUGCUAGUUUAUAUGGGUGAAAUCCAAUAGUGCCUGUAUGUGAGUGGAUUGAACUUUUGUUUGCACAACAGGCCUCCUCCGCCUCCUCCCUGCAGCUUCCAACCACCUGCAGAAUCUGGUCCAGAGUAGAUUUGGUGAGCAGAAGAGGCUGUCAGGGGAAGGAGAGGAAGGGGAAGUUCUAGUGUGCAAGCAGAAGCCUGCCCAAAGGGUGUAUUUGCAACUGAGUGGUAGUUUUUCAUCCUCUUUUUUAAGCAGUUCUCUUUUCAAGCAGGAACACUUGCCCUGGUACAUCCACUAGUAAGGGUUUAGGCUGGGUCCCCUUGGUUACAAGAUCACUAUCCCUUCUGCAAAGCUUCUGUCAGCAGCAGCUGCCUGAAUCUGAUCCUUUUCCAGGGAAUUCCAGUUGUGCUUGCAGUGCUGUGGCUUCUGAGCAUUGGGAAUGUAUAGAAUAGUCUAUUAAUAGUUUACAAACACACUGAGAGUUUACGUGUUUGGACCACUUUUUUGCAUAGAUGGAGCCACAGACUGCUUUCUAAUGCAGGGGUUCCAUACUUUUUUAUGCCCUCAAACACAUUCGGAAAUCUAAAAAAGUGGUGUGGGCAUCUCAAAAUACAGUGGUACCUCAGGUUACAAACGCUUUGGGUUACAAAUGCUUCAGGUUACAGACUCUGCUAACCCGGAAGUAGUACCUUGGGUUAAGAACUCUACCUCAGGAUGAGAACAGAAAUCACGUGGCGGCAGUGGGAGGCCCCAUUAGCUAAAGUGGUACCUCAGGUUAAGAACACUUUCAGGUUAAGAAUGGACCUCCGGAACGAAUUAAGUUCUUAACUGGAGGUACCACUGUACUCAUUUCACAGAAGGAAAAGUGACAAUGCUUAGAACCCCCAAGCCACAAGCAAAACACCUACAUACACCCCAAAACAGACAGCAAAACCAAGACACUAAAAAAACAAACCAGGAAGUUCAUGAUGCUGAAUGAAGGGUGGCAUCUUUGUGACAGAUUAAAAAUAGAAAGUAGAAAUUGGGCACAAACAUUACUAGAUUCUGUGUGAAUGAUAAAGUGUCCUCAUCUGUAUUCAAGUAGUCUGUUUGCAGAUCUGAAAAGGAAUCAAGUUUUUUCUUUUAUUUUUGCUCUCUAAAUUCUAAUAAAGCAUCACACCUGUGGAUUCUGUAGUAUGGAAAAAAAAACCAGAAUAAGCAAACCAUUCCUGAUAUGUCAAGUCAAUAUUGUAUUUCGUUUUACUUUCCUUCUCUGUGGAUUGUUUGUAUUUUGCUGGCAAUUUUCCUUUACAAUUGAACCUGUUAAAAAAAGUCAGUAUUAGACCAGACAAUAUGUUUCUAACAGAACAGCCCUGCACAACUUGUGAUCCAGGCCAUGUAUUGUUGCCUGCUAGGGGCUAGAUAAGCCUCUUCUUUUGCUGCCUGGGUGCUAAAAGAGAUGGCGUGACAAGCCCCAGGGAGGAAUAACACUUGGUUAUUUGGGCUGCGUUACUGGUUGUGCUGGCUUGCAUUGGAGGGUCAUAAGCCAUACUCAUUGUUUGGUGGUGAAAAAGAGGGGAUCUUAGCCCCCAAGUCAAAGGUGUGAGACCUCAGGCCCAGGGCUGAAUGUGGUCCUGCAAUCUUCUUUAUCUGGCCCUCAGGGUAUUUAAUAGGCCACAUCCCCAUACCAAGCCGCACACCUUUCUGGCCCUGCUCCAAACCCUCUUGAGGUGUCCCCCCUCCUUGGUGGAAUAUAUCCUAUGAUAAUGCAUUUUGCUUGCUCAAUUGGAGAGAUAUGUAUGCCUUUGGACAGCUCUGACAUUUGUAUGACUGCAUUGUAUCUUACUCUAGAAUGUAAGAGCUGUACCUGUUGUUCUGGCAUGCAUGCGGCCCCUGAAAGGUUUCUCACAACGGAAUGUGGCCCUUAGACUGGAAAAAGAAAAGAAAAGAAACUUAAAACUGUUGUGGUAUAUCCUGAUAUCCUAGAAAGGCUUUGGCUUUUCCUCUGCCUUCUGUUGGUACCACACUUUAAAGAUGUGCUCAGGUGUGUUUAGCUUGAAUGGGGGGGGGGGAUCUUUGUGAGACUAAGUGCAAAAAUUGAGUUUUCCUUGUAUUUGCUUGCAGCAUGGUUGCUACAUGGACUUCCAAGUUCCACCUGGUGUUUCACUUCCAUCUGAUACCCUGCUCUGCUUCUGUGUGUUGAGCAGUGAGGGAGGGGCAUUUGUUCUGUCUAAUUAAUGCAAUACCUUUUCAAAUCCUAAAGGAUUAAAAAUGUGCAGGGCACAGUGCUAGAUGCUGGCCACAGCUUGAUCGCUAAGACCUGAGCAUAUUUUGAAUAGUUGUGCAAUGACUAUUAAUAGAAUAGAUCAGUCAGAGACAGCAGCUCAUGCUCCCAGUCCCAGCACAUGGAAACAGAAUAAAGAGAUAGCUCAGUUCGUAGAGUAUGAAGGUCUUAAUCUCAGGGUUGUGGGUUUGAGCCCCACGUUGGACAAAAGAUUCCUGCAUUGGAGGGGGUUGAACUAGAUGAUUCUUGUGGUCCCUUCCAACUCUACAACUCUAUGAUUCUAUGAAAGGCUCAAGAAAGAGGACUACAUAGCACAAAAGGCAAUGGCAUUUCCUCAGUUCAGCACAUUUGGCUUGUUGGGCCUUUUACGAAUUUCAUUUCCUAUGUUUCUAGAAUUUUUUUAAAGUCCUCAUGAAAACUCCUCAGCAUUUUAGUGUGUUUCCCCCCUAAUUACACAUCCCUGCCAGGCAAUUUCUCCAAAUGUAAUACAUUUUUGUAUGUCAUUUUUGCUAAUACAUGCACAGUAUUUGGGGUCUGCCCUGCUUUUAAUAGCAGCGCUGAUUCUUAUGGCACUAGGUGACUAAAAUUAUCACUUGAUAACCUACUCUUUUCAAACUCCCAUCACAGAAUUGGCUUGCACUGCAUUGCCCCUCCCACUGUCCCUCCUGGUAAGCAAUAGUGACCCACCUCCCAGGAAGCUACCAUAGCGGCUUUGCCCCACCAGGCAAACCACUUCUGUUCUACCAUGUUGUGAUUUUUAAGGUCUCUCAGUGGAAGGAGACCCUGCCCAUUAUAAGCAUAUCACCACAUCACCAGGCAUCUGUUGGCUCACUUUAAGGCCACUUCACAUGUCACAAAUUUAGGGUGCAAUUCUAUACAUGCUUUCUUUGCUGUAAGCCCCAACAAAAUCCAUGGGACUUAAUUCCAACUAGACAUUGUUGUGCCACUAGUGUGUACACCACAUGUAAUCUAUAGGAUGUACUGUAACAGGUGAGGCAGAUAAUGUGUGUUGAUUUCAUAUGUGUGCUAUGAGGGCAAUACAAGGUGCCCAAUGGAGACCCACAGCAUAAUAUGUGACAUGAUGCUUAAUAUGUACAUAAGAAUGGUAAAAUACCAUAAAUGGCCUUGCUAUUGAUAAAUACACAAGACAUAUCUUUCAUGCAUUUGUCAACAGCAAAGCUAAACAUUCAGGAAUGUUAGCAUCUUCACUUAAGCUGUAGCAUUGCUUUGAAACUAAGUUUCCUAAAAAAAAUUAUCGAAGGCUCUAACAUUUCCUGUUAAUAGCUGUUUACCAUCUUUUCCUAACACACUUAAUCUGUGAUUGCAGACAUUUACAGCAUGGUGCAAUUCCCACCUACGGAAAGCAGGCACGCAGAUCGAGAACAUUGAAGAGGAUUUCAGGAAUGGCCUUAAACUGAUGUUGCUCUUGGAGGUCAUUUCAGGUUAGUUUUAGAAGGCAGCAAAUGAUAUGUAUCUUGUCAAAAUGUAUUUCACCAUCACUUUAGAAGCAGGUGAAUCUAUUCAUUUUAGUUUAUCCCAGUUUCACAUUUCCACAUCAGUUUAUGGCAUGUGCAUGUGUGUUUUUAAAAGUUGUCAUGAAAAUUCACGAGUAUUUUACUGUGAAUUUCUCAUCAUAUGCCCAUUGCUUAAUGCACUUUUGCCUAAGACACAUAUUUUAGCAAAGUGUCAGGGACUGGGCAGAUGAGGAGCAUUGGUGGAGACUUCCACCCCAAGAGACUUCCAGGCAGGAGGAAGAUGAUGAUAGUAUGGACCCAAGUUCUUGGAGGUGGCAAACAGGACACGCUCUAGAAGAAGAAGCAAAGAGCUGGGAAAUUGAAAUAUACUCAGAGUCGAGAGUGGAUUUCAUGCUCUUUAUUAAGCUCAUAGUGGUGGGGAGGAAUGAAAGUUCCCCCACAAUAUCUGCUUUAUAUACAUUAUUUACACAAUGGGCUGCAUGUGAUUGGCUAAUAAAACACUCCCCAACGCUGAAGUGCUAACAAAAAAUAAGCUGAAAAGGGAGCACACAGUUUAUUUGACAUAUUUUGGACAGAUAAAACAAUUUGGCCUGGGGAUUUUUGCUCCUACACAAAAAAAUCUCCAAAGUGAGUCGCUUUUAUACUUGCCUUUAGGGAGGGGAGAAUGGGCUCUGGAGAUAAGACAGACCUGUAAUGCAGGUUGGUGUAUGGUUUUAGAUAGUUUACAGCAACAGCAUGCUCCCUUCACCAGUCUAGUGGUGCCUGGAGCCACAUGUCAAUGUCAAUAAAUAUAUCUGAUUUGCUUCCCUGCAGGAGAAAGACUUCCAAAGCCAGACAGAGGAAAGAUGCGUUUCCAUAAAAUUGCAAAUGUCAACAAAGCCCUGGAUUUUAUAGCUAGCAAAGGUGUCAAACUUGUCUCGAUUGGUGCAGAAGGUAUGUAGAAGAUAGCAACAACAAGGCUUGGCUUUCAGCCAUGAUGUAUUACAGUUCUGAGAGCUGGUUUGAUUCAGUAUAUGGCAAAGGGCAUUUUGGAACAUUCAUUUCUGUCUUCUCUCAAACUGUCACAACUCCAUGUCAGACUGACUAUUUUACACCUUAUCAGCCAAGGUUAUGAAUUUAAUACGUUUCACCUAAAAGAAAACUCACAGCAUAGCCUCUGCACUAGUUAUAAUUUCCUCUCUGUGAUCAACUGCAUAAAACUAGAUGUUGGAAAGAAAAAGGUAGGAAAACACAGAGGUUGGGUUUAAGUUAGCUUUAAAUGUGAUGCAGAUCAUGUAACAACAAGGACUUUACCUGUGAGGCAUUUUGUGAACUGGGCCAUCAGCUCACGGUUCAGUUGUGCGCUUAUUAAUGUUUCAUACAUAGGCAAAGAGCUCUGGUUUAAACAACAGGCAGCUGCAUAGAACACUCUGUGAAUAAAUUUGGGAUUGGUUGUAGUAUUUUUAAACAAGCCUGGAACCAUUUUUAAUUCAGGUCUUGGAGUUUGGUCAUUUAGGGAACAUGAAUCAGUUCAACAAUUUUAAUAAAAAUUGGGAAACAAACCUAAAGGGGAGAUUGUCUGCUGUGGAUGGGAAAGAGCAAUGAAGGUGGAAAUAAAGGUUUAUAUGGAACCGCCAUAUAAACUCAACUAGGAAAUCAGGACCAAUACUCUGUGUGUGUGUGUGUGUGCGCGCGCGCGCACGCUGUGUGUGCGCGCACACACAUUCGUGUGUUCCAAAUUUGUUUCUUUUAUCAACAACAUCUUUGGAUGUUCAGUUCAUAUUCAUGUUCAGUUCAUUCAAUACAGUUAUGAUUAGUUUCUAUACCUUAGGUAUAACUAUUUGCAGAAUUCUGUGAAAGUUGUGAGACAACAGCAUUAAUAAAAAUGAAUUAUGGGGAUUUCAAGGAGUGAACAAGACUAUGGAAGCAACAGAAGCAAUUCUCUGCUGCUGUGUCCUUUAAUAACAUGUUAGGUGAGACUGGUUUAAGACAUCUUCAGAAGGAACAAUUUGGAAGCAAUUGCUGAGAAAUAAACACGUACUGUAUGAAUAAAAUCACAAAACUUAAAUCAUAGCAGGCAUGUACGCUUUGAUCACAGCAUAUUGCUUAAAAUUUCAAUUCUGUUUCACACCAGAAAUUGUAGAUGGCAAUGUGAAAAUGACCCUGGGCAUGAUCUGGACAAUCAUCCUUCGCUUUGCAAUUCAAGAUAUUUCAGUAGAAGGUAAGACUAUGCUCCACAGUACUGCCCUAUGGCAAGGGGAAGCUCUCAUCAGAAACAGACAGAGGAUAUUUUUUUUAAAAAAUGUGAACUUAAAUGGCAACUGUUUAUUGAUGGGGAGAGUAAAGGAACUAAUUACUCUGAAGCCUCAGAUCUGUGUUCUCUUUAUAUUCAAUAUCACCACCCAUUUAAAAACAUUAAGAAGACUUGUGUGAUACAACCCUCCUGGAACAGUUUCACUUCAGAAUGAAGACAGGGGAUUUCAUGGUGGAAUACCUCCUCAAUAGAUACAUUUUCUCAUACCUUUCUACAGCUGAAUACAUUCCAGCUGUACAAAAAUUAGAGGUUUCUAUACCUACACACAUUUUUAUGUUGUGAACUGCCCUGAGAUUGAUGAAGGAAGGGCAGUAUAAAAAUAAAUGUUAUAGAUAGAUGAUAUCUAUAGAUAGAUAGAUAAAAUCUCCAUUCAGACAAAUUAGAAGCAUUAACAGUUCUAAGGCACCUCUGAAACGUAAGAAUUUGGUAUGUAGCUCAGCCAGUCAGAUAGUUUGACAAUGCCUGGAAUGGGCUUUCUAUUUUCUAAUGGAUGACCAGCCAUCUUGUAAGCAUAAUGAGUCAUAGGAAGCAUCAGGUGCACAUGAAAAGGAAUGUUCAGAAGGGACACUGAUAAAAUCCUAAGGAACCUUUUGCAUUUGGUUGAGAUUUACAUUCACUGAAACAGAAAAGCACUUGCUGUUGGGCUGUCGAGCCUUGCAGGUAUGCGUUUUGAUCAAAUUAAACAAUUUAAAACUGUCAAUUGUUUGAAAAAAAUAGGAUAUUUUGUACUAUGUAAGCAUUAGGUGUUGAAAUCAUAAAGUUAUUUCUUGAACGAUUUCUGUUGCAGACUCUAUUACGUUUUAAAGAUUUAUUUUUAAACAAGUGUUUUUUAUAUAUAUAUAAAAGAACAACUUAUAAAAUAUUUAAAUGAAGAACUCGGGCAGCUGUAGAUUCAUUUCCAGCUAUGCACUGUUUGCUUGAGCAAACAGAUGUCCUUCAUUAUGCAGUACAAUAUGUAACAAAUUAACUGUUUCCUCCACCUCAUUUGUUGAUUUAGAGAAUAAUUAUUCUUGACAAAUUUAUUUUACCUUGAUUGUACUGUAGCAAUUAAACCAUACAGUGGAAAAGAAAUCUAUCAAGCAUUUCUGAUCUAUUCUUUCUGAAUAUGAAUUAUGCUUUUGCAGGUUUCCAAGAGAGAACAUUGAUCAGUAAAUAUUAGAAGGCACAAACUUAGAGGCUUGACGGUUUGGUUCAGUUCCACUAAAAUCUCAUUCCCAAAGCAGCAUAGAAGGGGGAUGUCUGUGCAUCCAGUAUAUAUUCAGCCCUAGAAACCUGUGUUGAGCUAAUGAAGACAAAUAUAAAUAUUAGAAGAAUAAAUCAUGGAUAUUUACCUGAUGAGGGAAGUCUCCCUGAAUUUACGUGAUCAGAAUCUCUCAGUCAUCCCCCCAAGCAUUACUUGUUCAUAGAAUUACACCACAAUGUUUUGAAACAGAGAUUCUCUUAUAUUAAACACAAAACAGUCAGGUGUUAUUCUGUGUUCAAACAACUCAUGCAGGGGUGAUCUAAGAGUGCGAGUCCAUAUCUGUGAAUGUUCUGGCUCCACCCCACCCUGACCUUCCUGCAUGGAAUGGCAAGGUCAGAAGGGGACUUCUAAGCACAAGAUUCCCAGUCUUGCAGAGGCUUCUAAACAGUUUCAACAAAACACACUUAAAAACCACCAUAAAGUGAUCUUGACCCGAAGCUUCAUUACCUCCCUCAUACAUCUCCUUUCCAGAGACAUCUGCCAAAGAAGGACUACUGCUGUGGUGCCAGAGGAAAACAGCACCGUACAGAAAUGUGAACAUUCAGAACUUCCAUCUGAGGUAACAGCCAUUUUGUGCCAUCCAUUUCAACGAUGGAAUGGAGAGCAUCCCUUGGUCCUUGCAGUUUGAUGAAAGGGCUGGUUCUUAACUUGCAGGGGUGGCAUGAUUGUUAUUCCUCUCCAUGCUUCCCAUGUUACUCUGGCCAUUAAGACAGCAAGACCAUUGUUGGGAGGGGGCAACUGUGUGUUCACUCACAUGCCAGCACUCCAUAUUGUAACAUAGGGCGGAGCCAAAGGGAGCUGGCAGCCGCACUGCUCUUACAUUGUAAGAAUCAACCCCAAGGCUCUCUGCAUAUUUCUUUCUCAUCAUGGCCCCAGUUUGCAUGAAAUGAAUAUACAGUAUAUAGAUUCUCAUAAAUUAAUUAGCAUUGCCAGCAUGAACUUAAUGGCAACACUUCCAUAAAAACGGGAACUAAGAUUCGCUUCAGAGGUUCAUUAAGGUUGCAGAGGUACCAUAGCAUAAACAGGAUAAAAUGGGGGCAUUUAUGGAACGCUUAAUGAACAUCCCCCCCCCCAGUGCUUGCUGUGUAACAGUACAAUCCUAUGUAUGUUUACCCAGAAGCAAGUCCCUGUGUGCUCAGUGGGGUUUUUUCCCUGGGAAACUUCCAUAGGAUAGGCAACUUAGAUUUUUUUGUUGUACUCUAAUACAGUAGGUUAUUUAAUUAGGUUGAGUAUGCAAGCUUUCAAACUUCACAGAACUCUUGAUGAGAUAAAAUGGAAAUGCAACAGAAUUCUGGAUAUAGAGAGAGCAAAUUAAGAUUCAAGGGACUGAAAAAUCUGCAUUGCUAGUAAUAGACCAUUAACAGAGCAGAAAACAUAUGCAUUAUGGAUAACAAACUAUUUACAAAGUGGAUUUCAGGUGACUGAAAAUAUUUUCAUUUUAUCAAAUAUCUAGCAUUUUUAGUUAGGUUUUUACAGACAGUUGUAAUGAAUAGAUUUCAGUGUUGAUUUUAAACACUGUAUUGUGUUUCAAAAGCAAUGAAUGCUUGUAUACACGAUUCACUCCAAUUCUUCAAGUUACCGGUACAUACCAAGAAGAAGUGUCAGUAUUCUGUUCUCUUAUUGCUGGUUUAAUCUUUUAGCAUUGGUAUAGUUUUCUGAGACACCUUAAGAGUACCAUAUAGUACAUCUAAAGAUAGACAAAUUGCAGGGUAAAAGCAAUAGUCCAUUCAGCCAAGUGUCUUACUACUACCAAUUAGAGCUUCUUGCCAAAGUUAAACACAUAUCCAUUCAUCAUUCGUAAUGCAUGCAAUUUAUCUAGGUUCCUUCCUACACAGAAGUGGCCACUGUUUAGGAAACUGGUCUUCUAUAAUAUGAGGUUGUACUAAGUCAUAUUUCGAGUAGACCCAUUAAAAUCAAUGGAGUGUAUCUAAGUUCUACUCUACCCAUUGAAAUGAAUGGACCUAAGUUAGUCAUUUCUAUUAAUUACAAUGGGUCUGCGCUGAGUAUGACUUAGUCUGAUACAUCCCAGAGUCCCAAAGUAGAUGUGAAAUGUCAUUCAAAAUAUUUGGGCAUUUUCACUAUGCGCCAAAAGCAGAAUAAACCCCAUUUGAUUACCAGAUUCAUAAAUUCAUGCUUUGAUCUUCUCAAUGUGCUUUUGAGCAUUAAAUGAGGUUUUGCAAAACAAAACACAGCAAGCGCUGGAAUUGUAGCAAAUUUGACGAUGACAUAAUUACUGGGUACAUUGUGUAGCUUUUGCAUGUUUUCAGACCUUGAGCUGCUAGGAUCAGUUGUCAUUAUUUCAUUAACAUCUUUUCAUUUUAUUUUUGGUUGCUUGUUGUGAAGCUGGAAAGACGGCCUUGCCCUCUGUGCACUUAUCCAUAGACAUCGACCUGAUCUUAUUGACUACUCCAAGCUAUCUAAGGUCAUCCAUCUGGGUGAAAGAGCAUGGUGAUUUGCAGUGAUUUGGCUCACUUCCUGCAUGCUAAGCAUGUCUCCUUAAUGGUAAAGUGGGGUAUGUUUAGUAAUAUGAAGUGGCUUUCCUUCCUGGCUCCUUCCCAACAAAUAUAGAUGAGGUAAUACACGAUCCUAAGUCAGGCUGUGUACACAUUACCAUUUACUCCAGCCCCAGUGUGCUCCCUCUGCUGGUGUUGGAAGCCGAAUACACAUUAUGUCAGCCACAAUCCAUAUGCAUCCUGUAGAUUUUAAAGAAAUACUGCUGUUUUAUCGUUUUCCCUCAAACUAACUUCCAUCCAUUUUGAAAAUGCAAGUUGUAGUUAAGAUGAGGUUUGUACAGUUCAGACAACCAUUGUGCAUGCGCAGAUGACAACUUCUUUGAAUAGUUUUUUGUGGGGAAGGGUUGCAGGCAUGGGGAAUAAAAUCAGGUAAUGUGCUUUGGAUGAAGAUGUCUGCUCCUCCCUCAGUUGUAUACAGCAAGUGUGACUUGAAAUACAGGGCAGGAUGAGGGAACCUUGCUGCGUUUCAAGCUGCUUAUGUAUAUAUAGUCUCAUUACACCAGUGAUUCCCAAAUGGGCGCCAUGACGGGAGCUGAAGUAUGCCACGAAAAUAUACCACCAUUUGGAGGCAUCUGCCAAUUUAUACCACUCUUUUCACAGGAAAGCCCAGUGCAAACUCUCUCUCCACCCUCUUAAAGUCCCACUGAUUUCAGUGGGGCUUUUAUCACAGCUGAAUAUUUGCUGGACUGUGUGUGUGAAACAUGUUUAAAGUUACCUGAGAGCACAUGACAGUUACUUUGUAAGGAGCUGCAGUAAUCAACAGGGCCGGCCCAGCUGUUAGGCAGGGUGAGGCCACUGCCCUCUGCUGGCUUUGGAAAAUUGGCGAGAUCUUACCUAAAAUCAGUACUGAUGCCGGAGGUGAUAGUGCAGGAGCGGCAGUGAAAGGUAUGGCAGUGUUGGUGGCGGUGGCAGCAGCGGCAGGCUGGGGCAGCACUUCCUAUUUUGCCUCCAGCAGUGAAAUGGGACACACCACAUCUGAUGAUCAAUAACAACAUAUUUCUUUAUUCAAUCUAUAUACCAUCCUUUAUCCGAAGAUCCCAGGGUGGUUAACAUAUUAACCAUGUGUUGAACACAACAGAUGCUUGCUUUCUGUUUUCCUCUUUCGUUUUUUGAAUCUAUUGACAAAUGUUUUGUUGUGGCCUUUUUGAGUGUGUUGUGUGGUUUUACUUCCUGCAUGCCUUUCCUGGCUUUUGUGUUGCACCAGGAAUAAUAGCCUUGCCAUUAAAAUUCUUCAACACCGGUUGGCAUGGCCGGUUUUCCUUACAACACUUUAACUGUGUAUCUCUGCAGGAGAUCUGCAGCUUUGAAUAUUCUAUGUUGGAAACACUGGCCUGAUUCACACAUUACACUGAACAAUAGUUUAAAACUAUGGAUGAAUUUGAACAAGCUGUGUGCUUGUGCACGCUGCUCAGAAGUUCCUUUGCUCCUUCUGCGCCAUGAAUGAAACAAGCCAGAGUCUGUGUUGUUGCGCCACCUGAACCAAGGCUUGUGGUUUGUUUUUGCCAAACAAAUCUCAAGGAGUAACCAAAAUUUGUUCUUGGCUUACCUUAUUUGUUAUAAACUAUGGUCCAAUGUGAUGUGUGAAUGGGUCAUUGUGACUUUAACAAGCAAAGCUCUGAGUAACAAUCCAGUUCAAAGCCAGUUAAACUGAAUAUUGUGCAAUUCUAUACAUGUUUAUUCAGAAGUAAAUCGCAUUGACUUCAAUGGUAUGAAUGAAUGAAUAUGAAUAUAUAUGUAUAUGUACACACACACACACACACACACACACACACUACCUUUUCAUCAAAAGGGACCUUCAAAAUGGUUUUGAACUGGUUUGGUUUGAAAUCCACCUAACAGUAAACCAUACGAUCAUUAAAGCAAAAUGUGCGCAUAGGAUUGCAGCCAUAGGAUUUAAGUUGAUUUAAUCCCACUGAAUUCAGUGGUACUAAAUCAAAUUUGAAUAGUCUAGGAAUUGGACUAUAAUCAAUGUGGUCAGUUUAUUUUAUAUUCUGUACCUCCUGUGGCGAUUUCCAUUGCUGUUGUAUGAGGUCUGAUUUAAAUAUGGUAAGGUCAUCACAGGAUGAUUUUCCUGUGCCGUAGUAAUAAGUUGAAUAUUUAUGGUGAAUAUGCCUCCAUGUGAUGGCUUCUGGCAUUUGUCUGACCAUAAAUCUGCUCACGUGGUAAGUAAAUCUCAUGGUGCCUUUAUUAUGUCAAAUGAUAACUGCAAAAUCAUCAUUAGUAAUUUGAAAUAGUUCCCUAGUAAUGCUAGAGUUUCAAUCCUGCGAUGCACUUAUUUUGAAUUAAGUUCCAUUGAACUAUGUGUCACUUUCUUCAGAGUAAACAAAAAGUGGCAGGCUGUUGAUAUUUAUGUAGGAUUUGCUUUGAAACUACAGUUGGAAGUUUGUGGCAACUUUUAAAAAGUUAUUUGCUACCUUUCAGUAAAAAAACCCCAACAAUCUCAAAUAUUCUGUCCUUUGGUUCUGACUGUAUAAUGCUUCAUAGAUUUAUUCAUGAGUAAUUAUAAUUUGUGGUCUUCUUUCAUGCAGGAUGAUCCACUGCGGAAUAUAAAUCUUGCCAUGGAAGUUGCUGAAAAGCAUUUGGAUAUCCCAAAGAUGUUGGACGCAGAAGGUGGGAGCUAACAUCCUUUUAAGAAGCAGUGGACUGAGUAACCUUUCAACAUCUUUUGUUUCCAUACAUGGAUUCAAAAGGAUAGCUUUUCACAUAGUGUCUGUGAAACAGACUGAACAGUACUUCAGUUGUUGGGUCCUAUAUAUUCUGGCGUAUGCAGAAUAUAUUUUGAUUUAACUAAUAUCCACAUCACAGGCUAUGAGUGGUUUGCCUCAGCACAUAGUAUGGGAAGUCCUGAACCAGGCAUUUGCAUGGACAGGCGGAGUCCCCCCAACCCCAGUCGACUCCCGAAUGGAAUAAGGACUCAAGACAACAUGCUAUGGGAUUAAAAUUGGCCACAACUUUAUUAAGUUUCAGAUGUAGGGAGACCUUGGCUCAGGCAUUGGGCAUUUAUCCUUCCCAGUCCCCAGCUGGGGAUCUGGGGGACAUCAGGGUUAUCCAGAAUGUGUGGGGAUUGGGCUGGCUCUGGAGAACAUAUGUUCAAGCAAAGAGCCUGCCACCACUGUCGCAGCGGAGAGCAAUGACAACCUCUCGGCGUAUGGUCAAUGCCUCCCCUCAAGACCCCUUUAACGGGGAACCCUGGGAUCACCACCGCAAGGGGGGCGUGGGUCACCACUUCACGCCCCUCCCCCCCCAUUUAGGGAAGAUAGACUAAAGGAUUCCACCCAAGGCCUGAAACCGCCAAAGUUGUGACGUUUUGCUAUGGGGAAGGCAAAACCUGCCAAUGCAGGAAAAUUCCUUUCCGGCCCUUCAACAGCGACCAUGAUGUAGCAGCGCCCGCGUACCUGUGAAGAAGAGGUUAACCUGCAAAAGAAGGCUAAACUGAGGGAGGGCAGGGUGGGAGAAGCUAUGGAGCCAACUGACGCUUUGCAGGUAAGAGUCACCUUCUGUUGUGUGGGCAGGGCGGUCCCUCCCCCUACCUGGCUGAUCCCUUGGCAACGCCUCCCCAGGCAGGAUUGGGCGAUUGGCUGAGGUAGGUGGAGACCUCCAGGUAUCCAGCCUGGGGAGGGCGAAGCCAGCCCAUGCUACCCGGAGCCGCACUGGGAUCCGGGGGGCUGCACGCAACCACGCAAAAGGCGCCCCCCCAUUUGAUGUGGGGAGCAGUCAUUCUGAACUUUGUCCUUCAGUCUCCUCCGCUGUUGGCAACACAACACCCUGGCAUGACUGGCUAUUGUAUUGGAUCCUGCUCUGAAGUCCCCUAUUAGGCAGCUGGAUCUGGGAGCCACCAUUUUCAUUUCCCACAAUGCUCCACCACCGUAGGAAAUGGUUCUGGGAAAUAGUGAGAAAUUUAAAUAGCAGCUUCAAGUUGCUUGAUUUAAAUAGCAGCUUCAAGCUGCCAGAUCCAAUUCAAUUUUUUUUAUGAUUUAUGCUUCCUCUUAGUACCAUGUGUUUGCUGGUGCUCAGAAGGUAAAGUUCUGAGCAUAAUUUUUGCUCUUUGCUUUCCAUGAUAUUUUGUAGCUUUCCUCCCAGUCUGAUCUUAUAUGACUAUUUUGGAAAUGUUUUAGAGGAUUGAAUUUGCUUCUGGAGAACAUGCACCAGUGGUUUUCAAUGCUUCCUUAAAAAUGCAACAGCAUGUUCUGUUUAGUUUCAUAGUUUAUAGUAUAGAUCUCCUAUAUAUAAUAAAACCUACAUUUUAAUUGCUAUUUGUAGUUGUGUCAAUACUGAGAAACCUCCAUGAUGUGGUAAUAAAACAUAAUAGCAUUGACAUUUGUAUAUGUAUUCCAGGAAGCUGAAAUUUUAUAAUAAAAGAAAAAGAACAAUGCAAGGGCCACUAAGAGAGCACUUAAUGUGCUAUCUCAUUUUUAAAAAUUACAUAACACUGUGAAGAUAUUAAGCACAGCCUUUUUCAGGGAAGACCUUUGUCAGAUGGAAAGUUACACAUAUAUAUUUCUAGAUGUGCUUCAUUUGAACCUCAUGCAUGAUGGUUCACUCAUGCAAACAGUACUCAUUUAAGCCAUCUUACUGUAUAGGUAAAGAUAGCUUGCCUUGAAUCAGGGAUUGCUCCAAUGAGCAGUGAUUAUGUUUCCUUGCAAACAUUAUUCAUAAAAGCAAUGGAAUUGUUCCAAGUCCCCUCUGUGCCCCAGGAUCUCAGUUUGAGUUUCAAUAUUUUGCCUUUCCAGCCGGCAUGUAUUAACAUAGCAGAUGAUUAAUUUCAGCUUGUUGAAGCCUGGCAGAGCAGCACCUGCCUUGCGUACAGAAAGCAAAGCAGGAUGGCAGCAGUUUUCCACUUCUUGUGUUUGUUUUGUUUCUUCCCUUGCAGAUAUUGUGAACACCCCCAAGCCUGAUGAGAGAGCUAUCAUGACUUAUGUUUCCUGCUUCUACCAUGCUUUUGCUGGAGCAGAGCAGGUAUUUAUCAUCUGUCCCCUUCGGACUGCCGUUCUGAAUGUUGCUCUGUGUGUUUCAGGUUUCCAUUGGGUUUAUCAUUUGCUCUACAGUUUCUUUGUUCUUUAAUUAACAUGGACAAAUAUAUGUUAAGUGAGUGUGCUCGGUCUGUGUGUUUUAAUCAGAAUCUGCUUUUGACUCUGUUGGCAUUACAGGCACUGCAAUAAUCUUUAGUUCCUAUUACAUAAAUAAAUAUAACUGCACUGAGCAUUCAAUCCAUUUUAGAAAGGCUGCAUUUCCUCACCACAACCCUUUAUAAUGAGAAGCAACAUUAUCUGACCUAAAAUGAUAGUUUUCAGGGAAGUGAACAAAAUAUUAUUCCACCUGCUCUAAUAGGGUCUUAUGAGAGGGUCAGGCUCCAUACAGAUGUUUUGUAUGGCAGUAUUUUUCAAACUGUGGUCAAGCCAGCUCCAUAAGAGCAGAUGGGGCUCUGCCUCAUCAUCCUCCAUUUCCUCUCUGACAUCUCCCACCUGCCUGCCUUCUUUUUUACAAAAAGUCCAGAGAAUGACACUGGCUGCCAGCUUCUUCCUUCUCAGCCUUACCUGUGUACAGUGCUUUUUUUCUUUAAAAAAAUAUUUAGGGGUAUUGUCAUUUUCCUACUCAUGUUGAAAUACUGCCCCUCAAAGAGGCCAAACUUAGAUUCACAAAAUAUUUAGGGGUCUGCGUACCCCCAGGAAAAAAGCACUGCCUGUGUACAACUCAGCAGGGAUGAGGAUGAAGACAAAACUAGAAUUCGUUGGCUCUGCCUAUCAUUGGCUCUAGCUCUACCUACGGCUGGCUUCCCUCUGUUCCACCCCACCAGGCCCAAUGGACAAGAGCCACUACUAUGUUCCAGGAAACCUUGGGGUCCCUUUCGAAGCUUACCAGGGCUUCUUAAAUGAUAAAAGCUGUGAUGGCAAACAAGCUUCCCUGAAAGACUGUAAAAUGUCCCCUUGCUGCAAAAUGUCUCACAAAUGUGUAGCAAUAAGGGAGUGUUUGGUAUGCUACAGGGUGUUCAUGGGAGCCUAGCAGGCUUGUGUCCAGCACCUUGUGUGAACCGACUGCAGGGGUGAAUUUUACCUGUGUCAAAGACCCAGUUUGGCACCACCCCUACACACAUUUGCGUAGAACCACACACACAGGCUGGGAGCCUCAAUGGCCUCCCUCUGGAGGCUUCACCCAGGGCAAAAAACUCUGGCUAGCUCCCCUGUAGCUAUGGCAGUGACUGACGUCCAGAAUCCUCUGAAAUGUGCAGCGGUUCCCUGGCAUAUAUACAGGAGUUAAUUGGCAGGCAAUUUAGACAGGAAAUGAAUACCCUGAACAUAAACAUUUUGAAAAACUGAUUAAGAGACCACUUGGGUUUAAAAGAUACUGCACUAUUGAAAUCAGUAUGGACUGGGGUUGCCAAAUUGAUGCUAUCCCAAUCUUAAUAUUCUUAACAGCAACUUGAGCCCUAGAAAGUAAGUAGGUGAAGUUCUUACAUCACUUUAUACCAGUAAAAAACUCAUAUUUUGCCUGCAAACGUCUAUUAAAUGGCAGAGAACAGGUUGAUCUCCCCUCCUUAAAAGGUAGGGACAACUGAAGGAAUAAACUCAAAUGUAGCUACUUAAAUUAUUGUUCUGUAUGGUAUUGAAUCAUGUGUCUAUUUGUGAAAAAAUGGAAAGUAACAACACUAUAGCAAUGAAAUCUCUUUUGAAGGGUUGAAUUGAAAUGGUGGGCAUUUAGGAAGAACUUUGCUCUGCAUGAAAUAAACCUCUAUUUCAGUAAAUGUAUGGGGAACUGUGAAACAGGACAGUUGACCCUCACUGGUGAAGGUAAGAUGGUAAGAAAUGUUAGCCUCAAUGUAUUUUGGCUUCGCGAUGGCAUCACAUUGUCCCAUCUAAUUGGUUAUGUGGUAUCAACAUGAAGUCUGACCAGAUGAAGGGAAUCCUGAUUCGGCUUCUGAUAUCAUCAGGCAGCCAAAUCAGAUUGACAUUUGAUGACAUCAUAUCAUCAGGCUGCCUAAGUGAUUCCUCACUAGGGUUUCCUCAAGAAGAAGCUGUUUUUUAAAAAACAAAACAAGCCACAACACUAAAGUUGCAGAUUGGAACUGGGAGAGAGCAGCUUAAAACUGCACAAAAAAGUUUAAAAGUGGGCUGUCAUUAACUCCUCCCCCCCCCCACUAUGUUCCUUCUAUUCUGAAAUUUUCCUAAGUAAAAAAUUGGUGUUGUGCUAUCGUUUUGCUUUUUUAAAAAAAUAUGUUAGUCAUUAUUUUUUGCAUCCCCCUCCCUUACAUUUCACUAUUUUUCUGACAGUGCCCAGAUGGUAGCAUCAUUAGAAUUACCAUGAGUCAGCAUCAUCUUGCCGGACUAUCACAGCAUGCUGAGCCAACAUAUCUAUAUCGACUUUGACAGAGAUGAAAACCAAAAUAGCCCUUACAGAAAAUGAGUAAUUCAUCAAAUAUAUUGCAGUGUCGUUGUGGGUAAUGACUCCACAAGUUCCCCACAAGUAUUUUGCUAAUGUUUAAGCUAAAUUAGUUAAAAAGCAAGUUAAUAUAAAGGGUGUGUGUGUGUGGAGAGUCCUAAGGCACCUUUAAGAUUAAUACAUUCACAGUGCAAGCCUAUGUAAGAAGUGAGUCCCAAUGAGUUAAAUGAUCUUAUUCCAAGGAAAGUGUGUAUAAGCUGAAGGUUACAAUAGUAAACACAGCUACUUUACAGAAGCCAGUAUAUGGUCAUUCUUUAGUUUGUGUCAGUCUAAGAAUGCAAUGAUAUAUUCACACUGUUUAUGUCCUGUGUUUUUCAGGCAGAAACAGCAGCUAAUCGGAUUUGUAAGGUACUUGCUGUGAACCAAGAAAAUGAAAAGUUGAUGGAAGAAUAUGAAAGGCUAGCAAGUGAGGUAAAGGAAACCGACACAAUAGUGAAAUAAUUAUUCUGAUAAUAAAGCAUGGAUGGCUUGAAUAAGCAAUUUAAUAAGAACAUUUACCCAAAGCUGUUAUCUACUGCUGAGGCUCUUUUUAUUCAAACAUAGUCAUUAAAUGAGGAGAGGAAAGCUCCAUUUCAUUUAACAUGAUCUGUAUUUUAAUUGAAAAUAUAUUUGCUGCCUUUUUAUCCAGUGUUGUAAAGUGCAUGUUCUUGAUGUUAAAUGCAGUGGAGAUUUCCUAUGCUUGCAGCUUAAUUUGGACGAAGUUCUUCCUUGAUUGCACCUUCCAUAUACACUUGCUACCGCAUCGUGAAUGAGCUUUAGGAUUUCAGUCACUCACACUGAUGAUUCCUAAAUUAUAAUAAUUUGCAGAUACAGACUACGAGGCUAGGUUUGGCUUUGGUUUCUAGGCCAAACAGAGAGGGAGUUCUUGCAGUCAUAGGGAAGUGAUAUAGGCAAGACAGCCUUUACUUCUUGCCUGAGGUAGUGAUGGGAUCCCAAGCAAUCCCAGCUCACAUAUGGAAAACCACCAAGCACAACUUGAGAGUUCUCAGGGAAGUGAUAGCUCUUGGGCAUCACUUCUGAGAGGCCACAGCUAGAUCUGUGGAGGGACUGAGAGACAGGCCAAAAUGAAGCAGUAUUUAGUCUGCUCCAGCAUGUCCUGUCCACUGGCCAGCCAGCACCACACUGUUCAAGGUUCAAGACCACUAGGAGAUAAUGGCCUGGUUUGUCUGCAGCUGUUCUGCCUCUCACUGCUGGAUGAAGAACUAGAAUUCUCAGUUUGGUUUCUGCUGAUUUUUAAUACCCAUAAUUCAGAGCAGUACAAAGACAAGCCGCAGCUUACAAGGUACAUCAGAUUCAUAGGAGGUAUAGAUUCGUAGCUAAGUAUAAGCUCAAUUGCUGACCCAGUAAGUGACCUAUCUCUUUCACCGUCCUUUUGAAGGACAGGGUGGCCAUAGCACUUCACCGAGCAAGUCCGGGGAUUGGGCAAGCAAAUGGGCACUCUUUCAAGUGUGUUGGGCUUGUGAUGUUUGUUCACACUGGCGUCUCUGCGUCCCUGGAAUUGGAGGUGAGGUUGGUGCUGGGCCAGCAUACAAAUUACUUUCCAUUACCUUUACCUGCUUCAGAGAAGGCUUCACACAGGCAGGAGAUGGCGCUGGGUGGUUCCACAGCAGGAGGUGUCCCUAGGCAUCUCCUGUGUCACAGGAGCAGAAUACUGCUCUGCCAACCUGCUUGGUCCUUCCUCUGGAUCCGGCUCUCCAGUCCCUAGACUACUGGUCUCCUCUCUGGGAUCCCAGUUCCACUCACCCACAUUUUGCUAGGAACUGCCUGAGUUCCUCCCAUUCCUCCUCAUGAGCCAACCGGUCCCUCUGAGACACCUCAAUAGGAUUCAUGACAGCAUGAUAAAACAUAGUUUAAAGCAGGCUUCCUCAACCUCAGCCCUCCAGAUAUUUCUGGCCUACAACUCCCAUGAUCCCUAGCUAGAAGGACCAGUGGUCAGGGAUGAUGGGAAUUGUAGUCUCAAAACAUCUGGAGGGCCGAGGUUGAGGAAGCCUGGUUUAAAGUAAUCUAUGGAUAAACACGCACAAGUGCUUUGCUCUUCUCCUGCUCCCAACUGUUCCAUACAUGGAGGAAACAAGCCAGAAAUGAGCUAGACUCUGACUUGUUGUAUUGCAUGAACCUGGCAUGGGGUUUGUUCCUCUCCAUGCAGACAAUAGGUGGAAGCCAAGAUUGACUGAACUGCAGCUAAAGGUAGCCCCAGCCCUGCUAACAAUAUUUCCUUCUGUUUCACGCAUCAAGAAAUCAUUCUUCUUUGUCUGUUGGGUUCCAAUAGCACUAAAUUCAGAAGCUAUGGGAGUACAGUAUGUUUCUCUAUAGCAUGCAAAGAAGAAGAAGCCACUUCUAAUUAUCUUUUUUUAUCGUUUGUUUGUAAUUUUAUGUACGUGCAAAACAGCUUUUAGAAUGGAUUCGUCGCACAACUCCUUGGCUGGAAAACAGGACCCCAGAGAAUACUAUGGCGGCUAUGCAGAAGAAGUUAGAGGACUUCAGAGAUUAUCGCCGUAAACACAAGCCUCCCAAAGUCCAAGAAAAAUGUCAGCUGGAGAUCAAUUUCAAUACAUUGCAGACAAAACUGAGGAUCAGCAAUAGGCCAGCUUUCAUGCCAUCAGAAGGGAAGAUGGUUUCAGUAAGUAAAGGGGCCUAUGAAUCUUCCUUGUUGGUUCUAGAAUGGUUCAUUAAGCCUGGAAACAGCAUAUGCAUGGUGCUUUACAGAGUUAAGAUAGCAAAAAGGUAGGUGAUUGACCCAAGCAUAUUGCAAUCCAAAUUUUUACACUGGGAAUUAUAGUAGAGUCAAGGAAGAUGCUGAUUAUAUGCACAGAAGACCCGGAAAUCUUGAGACACACAAUUUAAACCAUUAAAGGUGUUCUGUUUGCAUUCCUCUCCUAGGACAUUGCUAGCGCUUGGCAAAGACUUGAGCAGGCUGAGAAGGGCUACGAGGAAUGGUUGCUGAAUGAAAUUCGAAGGCUUGAGCGACUUGAACAUUUGGCUGCCAAAUUUAGGCAAAAGGCUUCUUCACAUGAAACCUGGGCUUAUGGUAAGCUUGAAGCCUGUUGUUAACUACAAUAUCCACCCAAUUUCACAUCCUCUUGUUACGAUGGCUGUAUGGAAUUUCUGGUUUUGAAAGCUUUAUGCUUCUGAAUACCAUUUCCUAGAGAAGGGAGGUGGGUGGCUGCCUUCAGGCUCUGGUUGGUGGGUUUUGUAGAAGCAGCUGCUUGCCCACUGUGGGGAAAAGGAUGCUGAACUAGAUGGAUUGCUGGUCUAAAGUAGGCCGCCUGCUGAGAGCCAGUGCGGUGUAGUAGUUAAGAGCAGUAGUCUCGUAAUCUGGUGAACUGGGUUUGUGUCUCCGCUCCUCCACAUGCAGCUGCUGGAUGACUCUAGGCUAGUCACACUUCUUUGAAGUCUCUCAGCCCCACUCACCUCACAGAGUGUUUGUUGUGGUGGAGGGAGGGAAAGGGGAAUGUUGGCCGCUUUGAGACUCCUCAGGGUAGUGAUAAAGCAAGAUAUCAAAUCCAAACUACUCUUCUUCUUCUUCUUCUUGUUUGUUUCUUCAUUGCAUUUAUAUACCACCUUUUUCUCCAAGGAGCUCAAGGUGGCAUACAUGGUUUUCUCCCUUCUCUCUCAAUAAAGCCGCACAACAACCCUGUGAGGUAGGUUAGGCUGAGAGGUAGUGACUGGCCCAAGGACACCCAGUGAGUUUUAUGGCCAAGUGGAGUUUCGAACCCUGGUCUUCCAGGCCCUAGUCCAACACUCUAACCACUACACCACACUGGCCUCUCUUUAGGUUCUUAUAUAGCCCUGCUGAGACGGAAUAAGUUUUACAACGUUUUAAAACUUUUUUUGGUAGGAGGAGUCAAAAACAUGGCUAAAUGGGCCAGAGAGAUUUAUAUGGCUUCCGUAAGCAUUGAAAGAAACCUUUCAAUUAAAUAUAAUUUGUAAGUGCAACAAGAAGAAAUCCCAGUUUUUAAAAAAUGUUAUUAUGCUGUUAUUCUCAUUUUUAUCCUGUGUGGAAUACCUGGAACCUGGGGAGUUAAGAAACACCCAGAAUUGGACAGAUCUCCUCCUGGUUUUGCCUGAUUUCCUCCUCACUCAACAGGUUCCUGGUGUCCCAUCACACAUUGUUUCAGCUAACCCUUUGGAGAGGCUUUUCUGUAUGAUGUGGGGGAGAGGACAGGAAAAUUUCAUACUGUGAAUCUUCUUAUCCUGGAAUAGUGUGCCUUAAAAUUCAGGCAUUUUUACCUGUUCCCACCUUUCCCUAGACAGACAGUGACAUUAUCCAAAGCCCCCAGUUUUUCCGUAUAUUGCAUGUUCAAAGCAGUCGUAGAGAGCAAGAGCUAUUUUACAAGUCUGCAGAAAGUACCCAUUUUUGCAAGUUGAUACUACCAAACUAAGGAUGAAAGAUAUUAAAAGAAGAAGAAGAAGAGUUUGGAUUUGAUAUCCCGCCUUUCACUCCCUUUAAGGAGUCUCAAAGUGGCUAACAUUCUCCUUUCCCUUCCUCCCCCACAACAAACACUCUGUGAGGUGAGUGGGGCUGAGAGACUUCAAAGAAGUGUGACUGGCCCAAGGUCACUCAGCAGCUGCAUGUGGAGGAGCGGAGACGCGAACCCGGUUCCCCAGAUUACGAGACUGCCACUCUUAACCACUACACCACACUGGCUGGUGCUGGUGAGGCAACAUUUCCAUGUGUGUCUGGCCUGUGAAAACUUUGACCUGUCAAGGGGGAUGGGGUGCAACCUACUAGGCAUGUAUUUGGUUUGAUACUCCUCCUGAUUUUUGUAGAAGGCAGAGAAACAGAAGGUUUAUCAAGCACCUAUUCAAACAUGACUGAUGAGAUGUGUUCAGUUGGGUCACUCAGAAGACAUAUAGGGAUGGAGAAAUCUAUCAGUUUGGGUUUCUCUUAAGUUUCUCAUUUCUCCUUCUCUUAGGUUUUCCACAUUUCUGCAUCAGCCUGUGAUUUAUUUUUUAACGAAAAGGCCCUCAUGAAGAUUUAUGUACAAUUUCCCCUAAAUUACACAUUUUUACAAACUGACCUUCCCUAUAUAAUGUAUUUUAAUGCUAUUUUCACCAAUAUAUGCAUUUUUAUGCAAGCUUCCCCUAAUGUAUACAUUCUUUACACUUUAUUUGGUUGGAAAACUGCAUUGCAAAAUUCAAAGACGAGCAGAUUUCAAAGGUCUGCUUCUCUGUGUACUUGAGCCAUUAGCAAUCAGCUUUCCUAAUGAGAAACAUAAAUGGUUUUGGAUUUUCUUUCCUCCUGCCAGGCAAAGAGCAGAUUCUGCAGCAAAAGGAUUAUGAAGCUGCGACUCUGACAGAGAUCCGUGCUUUGUUGAGGAAACAUGAGGCUUUUGAGAGUGACUUGGCUGCUCACCAGGACAGAGUGGAACAGAUCGCUGCCAUAGCCCAAGAGCUGAAGUAUGUUCCAUUUAGAGGCACGCAGCUGCUGACAUUUACCCGAUAAACUCUUUCCAAUAAAUUCGAUAGUGUCAUAGGUACAAUGUAAGAAUUCCACAGAUAGCUUUGUAAGUGUUAUUAUCUUGGCCUCCUCGUUGAAAACCUUCCUUAUUUCUUCCCAAACUAAAAAUAAAAGCCUUUGCAGGGCAAAGGCUAAUAACAAACCUUCUUUUCUGUCUGCUUCCUCAUCAGUAACUCUGACAUGUGAGAUGUCAUUUCUGAUUUUACAUGUUUUGCUUGAGGGAUGCCAAAGGGAGAAAGAGCCAAACAGAAGUUUGAAAGAGGUUUGUUGUUUUAUGUGUGUCUAGCAAUGUUAAAUAUAGAUAUACAAAUUUAAAAAUAAUGUAUUGUUUGCAAAGAGAUCCCUUGCUGUCAAAUAGGUUUGUAGACAUAAUCAAUGCCCUUUUUAAUACCAUGGCCCUGGCACUCCCAAAUUUCUCUCUCCUAUGUCAUAGUCAAGCUUGCACAAAUAUAAAAUGCCACUUGUGAUGUGAUAUAGGGAGUUGUAAAUUAAUAAGGUCACCAGAAAAGCACAGAGAAGUAUUCAACUUAAUUUUACUCAGAGUAAACCUAUUUAAAAUAAUGACCAUGACUAUAGGAGGUCCAUUAAUUUAAAGUGGUCGAUUGUGAGGAAAUCUAAGUUGAAUACCACCUAAAGUGUCAAUCUGCAAACCUAUGUACAUGAAUAAUGGAGUUCUCUGAUUAGGACAUGUAUAUUUUUUGGUCUUGUUGAUCAUUAAUACAAGCUGUGCAUAUUUUUAUUUUUGUGUUUAUUUGCUCUUUUUCAUCGCUUGUUACACUUGUGUUAUGCCCCAUUGAUUUCAACAAGAAACAUUUUUAACACAUUCUGAUUUCAAAGGUCAGUGGGACUUAGAAAGGUUGAAUUCACUUUUUUAUUUUAAAAAUGUCUGCAUCAACUAUUUCUGCAAGGAAACUGAAGAUGGUUGACUAGCAGGUGGUAAUGAACACAAAGUAAAGCGACCACAAUCCCUAAAACAUCCCAAUGCAUAUUUAAAUUUAUAAAUUAACAAUAUCCAAUCUGCUUUAACCAGUUCCAGCAGCACAAUAAGUAACAUAGAACCGAUGCAGAAAAAAUGGCAGAGUUAGCCAAAGGCCUUUCAUCAACUGCCUGAAGCAGUCUAGUGAUAGGGCUGGUGAACUUAAUGGCAGAAGGCCCGACCCAUAGCUGACACCAGCUUCACGUUCCGAUGUCAGAGGAUUUGGGGAAGGGCCCAAGAUUAUAAGAUGGUGUGGGGAGAAAAAUAUACGAAAAGACAGAUCCUAACAUAGCCAGGUCCUAAACCAGUAAGGGCUUUAAAGCUUAAGACCAACACCUUGAACUGAGCCUGGAAACUAAUUGGCAGCCAGUGCAAAUCAAGUAGAACCAUCACGAUGAAUUCAAAACAUCAAGCUCCUGGUUCCAGCAUUUUGCACUAAUUGAAGAUUCUGAAUGCUUUUCAAGGGAAAUGGACCCGUUACAGUUGUUUUGAAUUGUGCCAUGGUUCCUGUUAUCAUUCAAUCGUUUAUUCAUUUCAUCUGCAUAUAGAUAAUCAGACAAAUAGUACUUGGGAAGAAUAGCACAAUUCAUCAGAGUUAAUCAUUGCUGCUGAUUUCAGUGGGUCUUAAUUUCAAGUAAGUGAAUAGGAUAUUGCAACCUGAAUUAGCACUUCUUUCCCCAUGUGAUGGUAAGUUGAACAGUGCUAAAUAUCAGUGGCAAAUCAGUCACUGCUACAAGAAUUUAGUUCCACUUAAACUAGCCUUUUUAUCAUUUCCCAAAACAGUUUUCACAGAAUAGCAGAUUAGAGAUAUAAAAAGUAAGUCUUCCUCUCUAGAAAUGGUUCUGAGAAAGAUGGGUUGUCUAAGAAACUUGGGACAUGAUGUUGAUUAUAGCUUUUCAAUUAGCUCUGCUGGUUACUGAAUCAGGCCUUUGGAGAGAUAAUUAUUCCCUUUCUGCUUUCUGGGUCGGCAUGGCUCCAUAUUUUCUGGUCUUCAUCUCUUGGCAGUGCAGGGUUGCUAUUUUUGGAGAACAAUUGGAGUGUGUGACCUUGAGCUACACUGGUUACAGUUCAGUGUCAGCCCAACCAUUUUCUCUUAGCAGCUGAGAGCUGCUAAGAGCAUAAAGGUUAAAGUUCUUAAAGGCUUGUUGACCGAUGGGUGUCUGGCUACAUCCUGCAUGCAUGUGUAUGUGAGCAAGACUGCUUCAACUCACAACCGCUAUUGACUGCCAGAGUGUAAAGUCCCAGAAAUAGUAGUCAAUGUGUAAGUGACAAGACUUCAGUUGCAAAGCCAUUCAAAAUCGUGAAGGGAUGAAGCAAUGGAUUCCCCAUUUAUAAACUAAAACAAUUGAAUACUAAUACAUUGAAUACUAAUAGCCAAUUGACUCAUAGUCCUAAGCACUGCUUAUUUGUUGUAAGGGUUUGCAUAUGCUCCCUUUGGAAUUUAUCUCAUAUAGUACUUGCUUACACAUUUAUCAUAUUCUGAAUACUGCUAGGACAUCUCUUUCCACUCACAUAGAAAUAAAAUUAUACUGGUCCAAUGUUCUCAUAUAGAGAAGGUAAGUGUUUGUUUUGAUCCCUACUAGUAGUGUCUUCCAUUAGUGUGUUUAACACAGGUGAAAUUUCAUUUGAUUAAUGAUACUGGGAAUCAGUGACUUAUUUUAACAAGUUCUGUCCCUUUAAGAUGCCAGUAAAAAUCAAUGCAAGGCACAAUGGGUUGUAUCCAAUGCUAUCUAUAUGUGAGCAGAAUUGACUUAUGCUCAUGCAAUGGACUUUAUACCCUCACCCCUUCUGCAGCCCUCUGUGCACCCUCAAAAUAUGAUCCAAGUGGCUGAGGAACCUUCCAGAGAAAGUUUUUGGGGUUCACAGUUUUGGGGUAGCUGACAGAGGUAGGAGAGGAAGGUGAAGUCUCAUCGCACAAGUCCAGCCAGAUUUUGUUUUUAUUGUUUAUUCACAUGAAACUCUUUGCCCUGACUUAAAGCCCUUUGAGGUGUAGGGCAUCAAACACCCCUUUCCUUGUCUGGAUUUUAAAGGGUGUUUUCCUGUUAGAUUAAAUUUCAAAUUGGUAUGGAUGUACUCACACCAUAACAAUGUCUGUGUUAGAUAAUGGCAUGCAGAGAGCAUGCUGGUAGCAGCCAAAAGCUAAAUGCAGCAUAUGAUGAGCCAGUCAUAAAAGUCAACUAGCUUGAGGAUAAAGUGCAUGUAUUGGCUCUCACCAGAAUCGCACAGCUAAUCUGGCAGAAAACUAGUCUAGAUAAAGUCUUGUCUCAAACUUCAGAAAUCAAGGGUAGGAUCCAAGGAACCAUGAAACUUGUUCCAUGAGCUCUAGGGGCUUUAGACUUUCCCCCCACUUUCUCAAACGACAGACCUCCAAGGCAAACGGGUUGAAAAGCGGUUUCAGCACUAUUCUCGACUGGAGAUGAUGGUGGAACUGGUUCUGCUCAUGCUCACAAGUUUUUUGCAACGUCCGCUGGACAUUAAUGUCAUCAUCGCAGUGUCAGCCCAUGCCAGCCCCCCCCCAUUUGAUCCAGUUUUCCCUGCUGUGAAAAACCAGAAAAGCACACCUUGGGUUACAACCUGUUUUGGUUUACAACCAGACCUCUGGAAUGGAUUAUGGUUGUAAACCAAGGUAUCACAGUAGUAGUAGUAGUAGUAGUAGUAGUAGUAGUAGGAAUAAGAAGAAUGUGUGGUCAUGUCUUGGUGCAUGGUCUCUACCACCACAUUCCCUACUUUUGUUGGUUCUUAAUGACGGCGGUCCUUUUCUUUUAGUGAACUGGACUACCAUGAUGCUGCAAGUGUCAACGAUCGGUGCCAGAAGAUAUGUGAUCAGUGGGACAGGCUGGGAACACUCACUCAGAAGAGGAGAGAAGCAUUGGAGGUAAACCUGACAUCAAGGUGCAGCUUGGAUUUCUCAGGCUGGCUGAGGGUUUUUAACAGAUUGUGGUAGACUACUGAGUGAUGCGGAGUGAACAUUUUCUAUGGUGCUCCAUUACCCUUAACUUCGUCUUCUUUUUUGGUUGUGUGUGUGUGUGUGUGUGUGUAUAAAAAAAGGCUGACUUGCUUAUAAAAGACUUGUCCCCGCAUUACUGCCAAAAGAAAUUACACAAGUGGAUGUUAGAGUUGAGGGGAUGCUUCUAGCACCACCCUUUGGAAAGCUGGUGCAUGGCAUGGUGCGAAUUUCUUUUUACAAUUCACGACUGAUUUAGUUUAACUAAUCUGUAUCCUUUCCCCCGCCAUUUCUGGAUCACAAAGCCGCUCAUGAUAAUUUUCAGAGUACAAUGAAAAUAUAGAAUCAACACGCCUCAAAAAUCAACUGCAUAUUAGUACAGGAAUGCAGGCAGCUGUCACCACUCAGUUGAUAGAGCCUGAGAACAUUAACAUCAGGGUUGUAGGUUCGAGCCCCAUGUUGGGCAAAAGAUCCCCAUAUUGCAGGGGGUUGGACUAGAUGACCCGCAUGGGACUUCCGGGGUGGCGCCUCCGGAAAAUGGCGGAAUUCCCUUCAAGUUGAAGGGAACCCGCUGCACGGAAGUUUGGGUCCUACCGCUACGGCGCAGCGGGGACCCUUAAAACCCACAGGCGGACGGCUUGUGGACGGACUCAGCGGGCACCGUGGAGCGCCUUCCCUGUACAGGAGCCCGGUAACGGCCCGGAGUGGAGGUGCGUGGUGCUGUGAGUCGACUGUUUUUCGUGUGUGCCGCACUUUCAGCUGCCUGGAGAGCGCCAGCUUUUCCUGGGACACCAGCAUCUAAAACAUCAUCCGUGAGUACCUGAUCUGAAGAGCUGAAUUACUUUUAAGACUGGUGAAUAACAAAUAAAUUGGACCUAAUGAAUUUAAUUGACCUGAAUGGGAAGGUUCAAUAGGAAGUCAGCCUGCUCUUUUGUUACGUGAAGAAGCAAAGACAAAAUAUACUAAAGUUUGAAAAUUAAAUUCUGAGAGAACUAGAAUUCAACAUCUAAGAUUUCUGAACCCCUUGACUGCAGGAGAAGGCAAGGUUUCGGACUUUUAACCCCAAGGGAAGGGAGUUUAAAACAGUGCCUUCAACCCUGAACCAGGAGCGGGCUGUCGAACUGGACGCUUUGAAGCUUGUCCAGCUCGACAGAUAGUUAAAGAAGGGUAACAUUGUGACUCUACUGUUGGGUUCUUUGAAUUUUGAAGGGGGAACUGAUAAAGUGGUAUCUGGAAAGAAAGACUGCUGCUGAUGUUUUCUCCUUAUAAAAAGAAAAAGAAAAAAAAGGUUUCUUCCAGUGGGAUUUCAGUAAACUGCAACGCAGAGAGCUGGCAAGUGAAGGACUAUAAUCGUGGGAAAGAAUUUUGACCUUUGAAGGACAAUGUCAUACAAAGGCUUGAACAAAUGUUCCUGGAAGGCUUAAAAUUAAGUGCCCAGGCUGACCAGAUGCGCUGGGAGACGCACCUUGAUGACGGAAGGCCAGAGCACAGCAGCAAGUAAAUGGAACCUGUUGCACAUUCACAAGUAUGAACCUGCUGUAGUGAUGGAGCUUCGAGAUGGAGGGACCUUGGACCGGCAGGGAUCAGCCUUUGAACUGAUAAAUGAAUCCGAUAACCAGAUUCGAAAGAUGAAAAUGUGGUUAGAUUUGGAAAUGGGGGAUGGACUGACCUCCCUUAUAUGGUUAUCUGACUUUCCGAGUCUGGUGAUGGGCCAUCAGAGGACUGGAGUAGGUCGGAGCUCCAAGCUUCAAGGAAACUUGAAGUGGCUAUUCAAGGUCUGGCUUGGACAAUGGGCAUGGGAUGGACUUGCUGCAAAGGGUCAGGCAUCUUUCUGCUGGAGUACCCACGACUGAAAAGGGAACAUCAAGAAGAGCUGCGAAAGGGGCAAGAAAGAGAUUUGAGGGCCUCGGACACGGUGACAACCAGGUUAAGGAGCCGGACUAUUGAGGUUAGUAAAGGACUGACAAUCCCUGGGUCCAGGGGAGGGGCGCAAGGACUGGAUUGUGUCUGACUUAUUGCUCUUUUUAUUUCAUUUUUCUACUUUUCAAUAUUGGGAACGUUCAUAAAUGUUUGAAAGAUGUUGAAUGAAACUAUAUGGCUUAAGUAAUGAUUGGUUAAUGAUUUGCAAAAGGUAAUGAUGUAAGAAUUUGGUAAAUACUGAAUAUGUUUGAGCCUCUAAAGUUUCAUGACAAGAGGGAAAAUAGAAUAAGGAAAUGUAAUGAUAGACUGUUAAUGAAAAUAGAAAGGAUUUAAGCUGUAAAAAUUAAAAAUUUAAGAAACAAGAGAGGAGGAGGAGAAGUCUAGAAAGGAAGCACAGAGAUCGUAAAUGAUUUUAUACUUUUGUUUUUCUUUUUUUCUUUUUUUUUCUUUAUGGUUGGGUUUUUUCUUUUUUAUUUCUUUAUCAUUUUGGUUUUUUGUAUUUUCAAAUUUUUUUUUUUGGAAAUUUUUGUUGUUAUUCUUUGAAAACUUAAUAAAUAUUAAUUAAAAAAAAAAAAUAGAUGACCCGCAUGGUACCUUCCAACACUAAAAUUCAGUGAUUCUAUAUACCGAGUCAGACAAUUGGUGCAUCUUGCUCUGUAUUCUCCGCGCUGACUGACAGUGGUUCUCUGGGUUUUCAAAACUGGACCAUUCCCAGUCCGACCAGGAGAUGCUGGGGAUUGAACCUGGAUCCGUUUGCAUGCAAAGCAGAACAUGUAUUCUGCCACUGAGCUAUGGCUCUUCCCAAUCCUAUAUGCCCCUUGUGCUGGGGGAGUGAGGGAAUGGCUGCCACAUCCAUGCCUACUCAGCAUAGAAAUAGAGGAGAAAGCACACAACACACAAACAAAAAGAAAACCUUAAAAAGAAAGAGACAUGCCUCUCUGGAAACAAAGCCAAGGUCACCAGUGAGGAGAAGGGCAAGUGGCAAUGGUGAUAUAUGGAAGGAGUCAGUGAACUCAGAAUGAUGUGAACAUGCUUCCAGUGCAAACCUCUGAAUCGCAGCACACACAGCAAUGCCACAGCAGUCAAAUCCAGUAGCACUGGUGGUGACACAGCCAGCAAUGACCUCCCAAGUGCCUGUCCCCAGGAAUCCCUUUUGCUUUCCCUUACCUGUGUACACUCGGAACUUCCUUUAACUUUGGUAGCGUUUUCUAAAGGGUUGCAGAGCCUAUCCAAACUGUAAGCCAAAGUGAGUGUACGCUUCUAAAAGCAAGGCUCACUUUGUCCAUUUCUGUAUAUUUACUUCACAGAGGACAGAGAAAUUGUUGGAAACAAUUGACCAGCUUCACCUGGAGUUUGCUAAGAGAGCUGCUCCAUUCAACAACUGGAUGGAAGGUGCAAUGGAAGACUUGCAAGACAUGUUUAUUGUUCAUAGCAUAGAGGAGAUCCAGGUAAUAAUAUUAUUCUUAUUUUUCAUUGUGAGCCUAGAGAAGUGAAGAUGUUCCCUUUUCACUGUGAAGAAAGCGCCUAUACUAUUGCAGCCCUAUUAAAAGACGCUUCAGAUAUUGCUUGUCCUUAUUUGUGUGUUAGAAGAAAAAAUAAAUCCCAAGUCAUGAAUUUUAUAAAUGUGCAAAGACUAGGCACAUUCAUCCUGACACGUGCAUCUUCAGGAUCUUAUGGUGGUGAUGGGGUGCGGAGAGGCAAGAGAUACAGUGGUGCCCCGCAAGACGAAUGCCUCGCAAGACGGAAAACCCGCUAGACGAAAGGGUUUUCCGUUUUUGAGUUGCUUCGCAGGACGAAUUUCCCUAUGGGCUUGCUUCGCAAGACGAAAAUGUCUUGCGAGUCUUGAGAUUUUUUUUUCGCUUCCCCCCCCCCUUUAUCUAAUCUGCUAAGCCUUUAAUAGCCUUUAAUAGCCUUUUAGCAGCUAAUCCGCUAAGCCUUUAAGCCUUUAAUAGCCGCUAAACUGCUAAUAGCGCUAAUCCGUUAAGCCGCUAAUAGGGUUGCUUCGCAAGACGAAAAAACCGCUAGACGAAGACUCUCGCGGAACGGAUUAAUUUCGUCUUGCGAGGCACCACUGUACUAUUUUGUAAUGAUUAAACUGCCAGACAUGCAUCAGGGAGACUUGAAUUCAGUCCUGCUCAUUUCAUUAUUUCCCAUGUUGCACAGAUAUAUCCCCAUCCUUCUCUGCCCAGGGGGAGGUCAUUGUAACUGAGUGGAGGGACCAUUUCCAAAUUUGUAAAUGUAGCGCUUCUGCCAUCGGGCAAGCCUCAAUAUAAUGUUUAGUACAGGACGUCCUCUUUUCUUCUGUGCAUGGAGCCAGCACAGACUGUGAGAUCAGCACAGACCUAAUCAUCAGCUAAGUGUGCUAUUUGGCUGGCCUUUCAGGGUUUGGGAGAGAACUCCGUCUAGCACCAGCUCCAGAUUUUUGGGCCUCAGCUGGCCUCCCUCUCUGAAUUAAACUGCAUCCACUGUACAUUGUUUGACCCCCUCACUUUCGCCUAAUCCACACAAAUGCUCAGAGAGACAGUGUAGGACACUGUUCCAUCUCCUCAUUCUUGCCACCACUUGCAUGCUCACAAGCAGCAUGCAAGGAGGAAGAGGCUCUUGGGGUUCAGUGGGCCCUCUGCUGGGGUGUGGGGUGUGGCAGCUUCCUGACAAGGCCACCCCCUUUACCAGUAAUGGAUAUAUGAUUUUUUUAUUUUAUUUUUUUACUAAUUGCUAGGGCUGUCUUUUUGAGAGUUCUGGGUAGGUUUGUUAACUUUCCCUUGAAAAUAUUUUCUGCAGAACUUCUUAGUUUGAGAUGAACAACUUAGAACAAUCAAUCAUGGCCACAAGUACUGUAACUCCCUUAAAUUCAUGCCCAUACAGAAGUUUUCAUGCACCAGUGUACUGAUGUGCUAAUUAAAUGUUAUGUAUGUGUUUCCCAGACAUAGCUGGAAUAUGGGAAAAUUCAGAUGUAUCGCAAUGUCUUUGGUGGGUUUCUUUAAAAAUAGCUCAACAACAUGCUAAUUUGCCAAAUUUGGGCAAAACUAAGAAAAGCUCAACUUUUCUGUAUGGAUUUUCACUGUUUGAAGUAUGACAACCCUAUUCAACACACAAGUGCUCCCAAUUUCAGGGAUUCUUAACACUUUCUCUGCCUGCUGUUUUGUUGUUGUUGUUUGUUUGUUUGUUUGUUUUUACUUCAGGUAGUUUCCCAAUAAUUAUUUUCGCCUUGGAAGGUUCAGAACAUGUGUUUUAAACAACUCAGAAUCCCCUCCAAGCUGCUUUUCCAAGGGGGAAAACAGGACUCUGUUACAUGCAUUUCUGUGUAACAUGUAGUUAACCCCUCAGUGUUCAGCUCUGGGCCUCCUCUUGUCUGUCUUACCAAUAAUGAUGAAGUGGUGGCUUUACAUUGAGUCUGUGGAAUUUAUCAGCUAUGCAACCUUGCUUAUAUUUGCAUACAUAUUGAGAUGGGAGAGGGAAUAUGACACAGGCCCAUAUAGCUGGCAAUGCAACUGUAUGUAUCCUUUCAUUUAUUCCUUUGUUUCUGAUUUCAGAGUUUGAUCACUGCCCACGAACAGUUUAAGGCCACUUUGCCUGAGGCAGAUGGUGAAAGGCAAGCUAUUGUAUCAAUCCAUAAUGAAGUGGAAAAAGUGAUUAACAGUUACAGCCUCAGGAUAAGUCCUAACAACCCUUACUCCACUGUCACUCUGGAUGAGAUCCGUACCAAAUGGGAUAAGGUACUGUAAGCAGAAAAAUAAUUUAGUUUAUAGCUCAUGGAAGUGUAGUGAAAAUGCAUCCUUUCCAGAAUUUGACAUUAUUUUUAACACUUUACAAACGGUUCCAUACAGGUGGGGUAAUAUUCCACCCUGAAAAUGGAAUUUUGUACUUUUAGUGUUGGUCUGAAGCUAGUAAAAAGGAUUGGAGUGGGUGUUAUAGCUAUGCAUGAAGCUGUUUGCUCUUUUAAAUAAUUAUGGGUGUCUGUUGUGGGGAUGGCUUUGCAGGUAAGUAGGGACAGCAGUGAGACCCACAGCCAGAUUAUGAUUAGUGUUUCUGAUAUUGGUUUUAAAAACAUUUCAAGAAAAGGGCUUGAAAUGGCAGGGAAGUAUCGGAGCAGAGACUGCUCUUGCUGCUUUUCAAAACUUAAGAAAAACCCUAAUACUGAGUGAAUAACACACUAAGGAAUUUUUUUAAAGGGGGCGAAUUAAAAGUAAGAAUUCACAAAACAGCAGUGAUAGUGAGAGAGGCUGUACUGCUGUCACCAAAAAUAUCGUAGAUACAAGCCAAUAUUUGUUUGCACCUGCAUUUCACAUGGUAAUUGCAAUAUGCUCACGGUAGAAAUUUUUUCCUUGAAGUAAAAUAUUACAUUUGGGCUACUGAAGCAAAAUGUGAAAGCCAGACUUCUGGGCUUGGAUAUCAGAUGGUAGAAGCAUUUAUUUAAUUAAAAACUGACUGUGCUAAAUGGUCCUCAACAAUAGGCUGCUGCCACCACACCUACUAUGGCUGCAGUUGGUGCAAAGCAUUCAGUGGGAAGAGUGAAAGCGAUAAGACAAGGUGAAGCUGUCAGUUUAGGCAGCAGAUUCCAGAAAUCCCAUUUCCCUUUUUCUCUGUAUUACGUAAAAAAAAAAAGAAAGAAAGGGUGGAAAGGGUCAUUCUUUCCUAAAACUACUUUCUUCAUGUGUGAAAAUAUCUAAGGCGUGGUUCCCAACAUGGGGCACCCCCCCACACAGGGGGGCAAUUUGAUAAUGAGUUGUUAACAGUUAAUGGCCUAUGUUUUUAGCGAGGUCAGCGAUUUCAGUACGAUCAGCCACAUGCAUUUGUAGCCUCCUGCUGCCCCCAAUCCUCUUAUGUUUCAGCAUCUGACUUCCUACAUACCAACUCAAUUUUGCACAUUGGCAGGUAAAACAGCUUGUCCCAGUAAGGGAUCAAUCACUGCAAGAGGAGCUGGCCCGCCAGCAUGCAAAUGAACGCCUGCGUCGCCAGUUUGCUGCUCAGGCCAAUGUCAUUGGACCCUGGAUCCAAAGCAAGAUGGAGGUAAUUCUGACUGAGAUGUGCAGCUUUUACUGUUUCCUUAGAGGUGUAUGCAGAAUGUCAAAGGUUCCAUCACUCCACAGGUGCUAAACUAACGAACGGUAACUUUAUCUCGCUAUCAGUUAUAAUCUUACCAUCUUUUUUUAAGUGCCAGAAAAUACACAACAGAAAAAAUGGGAUACUCCUUGUCAGGAGUGGGUGUGUCUGGCAGCGUAAGUCCAAAGCAAGAAAACUGGGAAUUUGACAAAGGCAUUAUGGGGAGAAUCUUGUUGUACUGGAGGUCCAGGGAAGGAGAGACUAGUGUGGUUGAUGCAGAGCAAUUUUGCUACUGAGGAGUGCCUCCAUAAGGAAAGGUACAUAGCCCAACUGAAUGGUGGGGAUACAGUUCCAAACAUAGUUGUGGCUUCCCUCAAAGAAUUCUGGGAACUGUAGUUUGUUCAGGGUCCUGAAAAUUGUUAGGCAACCCCUUGUAGAGCUACAGUUACAAUCACCCUUCUCAGGAUUCUUUGAGGGAAACCAUGCCUGUUUAAAUGGUUUAAGAGUGCUUUAAAUGCAUGGUGUGGAUGUGACCACGGAGACAGGAUUGAAAGGAGGAGACCAAGAGGGAUGUGACAUGCAGAACAGAGACAAUGACAAGGUACAUAAGAGAAGAUGUGGAGCGGAAACAGAAGCAGAAAGGUCUGUAUAUGUUUUACACGCUGCUUGAGGUCAUAAUAGUGUUAUGACUCAUCCUCACAGUAAAAAAAAGUGAACAUUUUCAUACCAUCAAAGAGGGUGGUGCAGGUGGAGAAACAUUUUGGAAUAGCUUUCUAAGUAGAGCAUGCACAAUUUGGGGUGUUUCCAGAUGAAGGGUUUUGCAGGUGUUCUGCGUUCCAGAUCUGUGGGUGAUCUCCAUGCUGAUUGCUACUAGGGUGGGUGAGCAGGACCAUGACCACAGUGUCAAAUCCUUCCUGGAGGCACACCUUUCCACUCUUUGAGUUGGACAGUAUGGUUUUCAGCUAAUAGGAACUAGGCAGUAACCCAUCUUCUGUAACAUCCACAAGUGUCGCGAUCAAGGGUGGGGCACCUGUGGCUCUCCAGAUGUUGUUGGCCCCCCCACUCCCAUCAGCCCACCUAGCAUGGCCUGUGGCCCAAUGACAUCUGGAGCACCAAAAUUUCCCCACACGUCUGAUUAUUAUAUACAGAUACCUAUCUAUGCCAAUGCACAAAUAUGAGUGUUCCUACCUCCCUUUGUGAUUUUUGUAAAUUAAGUUUACUGCUGCUUUAAAAUGUAUUUACCACGAAGAAAUAUAUUUUGCAAACUAACACUUUUUCCUCUCUCUCUCACUCUCCCCCUUUGGCAGGAAAUUGCCCGGAGCUCUGUUGACAUAGCAGGGCCAUUAGAGGACCAGAUGAACCAAUUAAAGCAGUUUGAGCACAAUAUCAUAAAUUACAAACUUAAUAUUGACAAACUAGAAGGAGACCAUCAACUGAUUCAAGAAGCCCUGGUGUUCGAUAAUAAGCACACCAAUUACACAAUGGAGGUAGCUACUGAGUCCUUUCUAUGCCAUUUAGUUACAUAGCGCAUUCUUUAGUUACGUAUCCUAUCUGCAGCAUCACUGCUGUUUGCAUGAUUUUCAAGGUGAUAGUCACAACUUUAUGGUGCAUUCUUGUGUGAAUUCAAAUGAGAAAUCAAGGGUGUUUUCAUGCAGUUCUAGAACAGGAAAAUGUGCAUUGCAAUAGAACAAUACUUAGUGUUUAUAUAAUGUUUUAGACUGUUCAGUGAGCUUCACAGAUAGUGGCUUGGUUCACACAGCAAACUAGGGUUCCCAGAGUGGGCUCCCAGAGAAGAACUCCCAGCCUCUUUACUAUUCCCCAGUCCUUUUUCCUCAAACUCAUGCCCCUGUUAAAAAUGGGCACCUGCCACUCUUUUGGUAAUUGAGCCAGAUCUACAUUUAAACGCUCAACUCUGUCACCAUCCUGCACACCUGAGACUGAAGUGUGCCUAGCCUAAGCCCAUCUUGUCAGUUCAUGGCAAAUGCCUGUCUCAUAGCUUUAACAUUUAGUUUUUUUGCUGCCUCAGUUCUAAAACUGGUUCAGCUAUGGAAUGCUUUCUGCUGUAGAAAGCCCUUUACGUUUUUUUAAUUCUGCUAUAAGACAUCUGUCCUAUUGCAAGCUGCUUAAGAAGAUUAAGUUGCUGUGUACCUUGGCAGCUUCUGAUCUUAAAUGUAGAUAGUUGCACAGGAAAAAUAGCAAUGGAAUGCAUUCACCCCUUCACUCUUUAAAUGGGUGGCAUUUUAAAAAAUGAACCAUGAACUUGCUCUUGCAUUUCACAAUAGAAAGCCCAACAAAUCAUUUGUUUAUUUGAUUUAUAUCUCACCCAAUAUCCCUCAGGGCUCAAGUCGGAAAACAACAACAAUAAAACAGGAUUUAUGAAAUGGGAUCGUAAAAGAUUGUGUCUUGUAGAAAAAUAACAGCUAAAAUAACCCUCUAUUUAUCUCCACUAAAUGCUUGCAAAAUAGAAUGGACUUAGCUGCCUUCAGAAGAUGCUACUGUUUUGUCACAGACUCCCAGAGGAAGGCAGUAGCAGAGCUGAGAAAUAGGCAGCCAUUAAGAAUACUUCUCUUUCUCCCCUUAGCAGUCUUUUGGGUCAUUUGGAGGACGCCCAGUUCUCUUAAAUUGUUCCCUAAAAGCCACAGGAAACCAGUGCAGAUGCUAGAGUACUGCUAUACUUGCUUCCAGAGAGUCUUCUUCAUCAUGUAGAUGAGCACCAAGCUGGGUACCAUCUCCCAUCUUCUAGAAAACCUCAGGCACACUGCAAGACUGAAUAUCAAAAGUUGCGAUGGGAGGAAUGGCAUUUGCUACAUCCAAACCUGAGGCAUAGCUUCCUUACCAAAUGAAGUUGUGAAAAGUAGUCCCUAGCAUUGCCCAUGAUCUGGAAAAAUGCAGGGAUGGUGCCCCAUUCCUUCUAGACUAGGGCUUGAGGGCUACAUUGUCCCUUGGCCAGUCCUCCACGUGUUUGUGGGGGUGUGGCCAAAGCAAAAGUGGGUGUGGCCAAAACAAACGAUUGUGGUAAUCCAUACUCUCUUGUGCACACACAUACACAUCACAUGAACACGCACAGAACACCCUCACACACCCUCAGUGCACACAUCACAAACACACAUACACUUAAGACACACACAAGCCUGUUUUCACUUCUGACUCCCACCCUCCUCUUUGUCCCCACCCUCCUGUCCUCAACCUCCAUCUUACAUCUGAAAAUAAGACAUAGGAAGAGCAUACCUGGCUUGUAUUUCACUGAUCAUUAUCAGUCAGGGAUAGUCAGGGAUAGGCUUGUUGUAGCUGAGGAUUUGCUUUCCUGAGGCACACCUUGUACCUCCCUAUACUAUAAAAUGCUGAAUCUCGCUUUAUAUACCCCCAUGAUUAGCCUUGGUCACUGUGUUACUGUCGUAGUGCCCCCCCCCAAUGACUCCACCUCUGAUCAUAUAAUCUAGGGAUUGUGUCACUUCUGCUACACCACAAUAAUAGGCAGGUCUAUUCACAGUCAAACCCAAAUAUUCCUAGCAGUGGAUCUCUCCAGCAGUCACCCAUCAUAGCCUUUCCAAAUCUGCCAGGUUAGUCCUCAUCCUGAAAUGUUGUUUACGGCAAUAUUUCUACAAUAUUUAUUAGCCAGUAACUGGUGUUUUAUAAAUAAGCUUGUCAAAACAUUGUCUGAAAUUCAGUUGCUAAUUGAACAAUGUAGAUAAAUAGAAAACCAGAAUACAAAUUGGUUUAAGUGAGUAGGUUUCCUCUGACCUAUCAUUCUUUUAUGUAUUUGGUAGCAGUUCUACUUAUCAAUAGUUUCAAUCAAUCUGCCAGUCGGUUUUCUCUUGGGCUGUCUUUAAAGCAUCCCGGUUUCUCUGCCACAGCAUAUUCGUGUUGGAUGGGAGCUGUUACUGACCACCAUUGCCCGAACGAUCAAUGAAGUUGAGAAUCAGAUUCUUACAAGAGAUGCCAAAGGAAUCACCCAGCAACAAAUGAAUGAAUUCAGAGCAUCGUUUAAUCACUUUGACAGGGUACAGUAGCCCUUUUCCUUUCUUUUUUUUAACCUGAAACUGGUGUGCCAGAAAGCAUGUGUGUGCUUCUCUGCUACUGUCUUAAUGUGUGUUUAUUAAGCCUUCCUUUAGUCCUCCCCUAAGCCCCUACCUGCCAUUCACAUCUUCUUUUCUUCCCAAGAAGUGCUCGCUCAGGGCAACCCCAAAUCUACUUGGAAUGUCUUACUCCUGGCCAGCCACAGCUUCUCAUCCAGAGAAGCAUAAACAUUCCAGAGAUGUCUCCUCACAGCCUUGAUAUAGUUCCCGUCUCUCCUGUUUCCUGGCAGUACUCCUCUCCUUGUACUCAAGUCACUGUCUUCUUUCUCCACCCCACUCAUCCCCAUUUCUGUGAAAAAAGCUUAAUUCAAAUCCCCUGUGUGCAUCAAAAUAAUGUGUGAAUGGGACUGCUCUGCAUAGCCCUGCUCAUGCCAGUCAUGCCCCCUCUAGCUGUAUUUUGGGUGGGCCUGGGCUCUAUAUGCAAACUAACAUAUGUAUGUACAUAGUGUUCUUCCACAUGAUUUUCGCCAGACCAUGGCUAGAGAAUGUGGUGGCUGCAGGGGCAGGUCUAUGCAGCAGAACCCCACAAAACCUUCAAACAUACUUCCAAAGCAUGAGGGGUGUGCAUGACGUGGUUUAGUCAGGAUUAUUGAAGAAAUCCACUUUAUAUCUCAGUAUUUUGGGAUGUGGAUGAAUACUCUGUGUGUGUGAUCCUAUACUCCCUUAUCAAGAAAUGAAGGCUGAAAUGUUGAAGCAUAAAUUGGUAAGAUGUAUACAAAUUGAGUCAGGGAGGCAGAGGAAAAGUGCAGGGAACAACGAUGUUGGGAUUUGUAUUUGAAAAAGAGCCCCAGUCCUCUGCAGGCUUUGAAACUGGAAGUAACUUUCACUCCCAAUUUCCAACUAAUCAAAAUACUAGUGACCUCAAUGAUAUAGACUGUUUAGAUUUAAUCUGCAGAAGUUAGCAGGUAUUUCCAGAAAUUAGACAUCUGUCUGACAUAAUCUAAGCAUCCAUUCCCGUCCCUGAAGUGCUCGGUCUGGGUCUGUAAUCCAGUUGAAUUAAAGGUCGUCUUCUCUGUAUCGAUUUCCUGUACUUCCUGUUCCAGUGUUCCAUACCAGCUUCCUGAACUGCUAAAUACCUUCCAACAACUCACCAACAACCACCCCCAGAACUCAUCCAUAAUCUCAGACAGCACCCUAUUACUUUUCCUACAACUUCAUUUGUAUUUUCCACCAACCAUGUGUUUAGGUGCUGCACAAAGCAUAAUGUGAAAUACGCAAAGGGAUUGGUUGAUGGUUGAAGUAGUUGACACCUGUCUCUAAGGCCAAUCAAGCAGAAAUUGCACAGAUUAAUAGGUUAGAUCAGAGGUUUUCAACCUUUUUGAGUCCAUGGCUCCCUUGACCGACCACCAUUCUUUCUGCGACACACCUGUGGGGCUCAGGAACCCAGUUAUGUCACCCCUUGCCUGCAUAGCUAGCAGCCUCUCACCCUUUCUCGAACACCCUCUCUUGUGGAGUGUUCCAUCAGCUACUCUUCUUGGGAGUCCUCUGGGCAGCCACUGCCCCUGUUCUCUGAACUCCCACCCACUGCCCCCAAAAGAGGUGCCUCCUCACAUUGCCCCACAAGGGCCUGGGAAGAGGAGAGUGGCCUCCAACGGAGAGUGGCCAAAGGUCAACGUGAGGCUAGCACCUUACCUUAGGAGGCAGCGGUGUCAACAAGGAGCGCUGCUGGGCAUGCAUGAUGGAAAGGCUCCCCUUCAGCCCCAGGCAGGCCUUGCACACAGCAAGCCCAAGGAAGGCCAGUGCAGCAUCUGCCUGCCUGCCCAGCCUCCCACUUGUCUAUCCAUUCCCAACAGGAAGGGCUGGUGGACUGGCUGGCUGGGCGUCCUCGCUGGAUGCUUGCUUACUCUGAGACCACCUCAGCUUCUGGCAACCAGCACCCCUUGGCCAGCCCCAGAGGCACCAUUCGCCUAGGGAGCUUGUAGCCAGGGCUGCUGCAACAAACAGCCACACAAGCUUUUGGGAGGCAGAGACACGAGAGGGCAUCAGAGGAGGGAGGGAAGGAAAGAGGGACAGAAGCCAGUGUUGCUUGCACACCCCUGACCAUCCUUCAAGGCACCCCAGGGUGCCAUGACAAACUGGUUGAAAACCACUGGGUUAGAUUAUUAAGUGGUGUUUGGCUGGCUGGCUCAUAUCUCUCAGACAUAGUUCUAUAACAUUCUUAUGCAUGUGCUUAUUCAUGCCUGGCACAAAAAAAGCAGCUCCUAGAAUGUAUUACUCUUCCUGUUUAGAAACAGCUGCAAAAGAAAAUUGCUUUCGAGCUAAUUAAUUCUGUUGUUUCUAAAAGUGCUUUUGAUUGGAUGAUGUACUUAAGCAGAAAAAUAAAAGGAAAUGCUGUGUUUAAUUCAGUGAAGAACAAUCAGUAAAGAUCCAUAAAAUUAAGAUCCUGCCUGAUAAAUAUGGUUUAAACGCUUGUGCAUAUUGGAUCCAAUUAUUAAUGUCUUUGAUCUGAUUUUCUAGGGAUUAUUCCAUUUAAAUUAGAUGGUAAUAGCUGGAAGGGUUGCAUGUGUGUUUGUCAGAGAGAACAGACCUUUUCAGACAAUAAAUGUGCUUUUGUUAGCUAGUAAUUUGUCCAAAUACCUUUUCUUAUGGCAAUAAUUUUGACACUGGUAUAUAAUUUAAUGAUUUUUAAAUAAGUUCUAUCUAAUUUGGAUAGAAAUCUAAUUCUUCCCCACAUAUAACAGCAAUUACAACUGAAAUUACCUUAUGGAAAGUUGUUUGUGUUUUUUGAGACCCUUUGGAAUAAAGUGCUUGUGACACAAAGCAAUGAGCAUCAGAACUCCCCAUUCCCUAGAUGCCAUUGGACCCUACUAUUGGAGAGUAGGGAGAGUAGAGUUGUUUUGAGUUCAUUUUUGUUACAUGCUUAUAUUUGAUAGGGAUAAGCAACUGGUGGUCAGAGACCUCAGUCCUUCCCUGAUGGAACUUCUGCAGGUGUUCCAUCUGGCCCUUAGCAUAAGUACCAGUUCAAGGAACACCUCUUCCCCUAUCGUCAUCUAUCUAUAUGGUACCCAGGUUUGCCCUUCUGGGUGAACAGUUAUGGAGGAGGCAAGUGAUUUCAGUUGGUAAAGCAGAAAGUGUUAACCGCUCUCACUGCUCUCUGGGUCAGUAAAGGAAGGCCUGUAGUUCAGUGGCAGGGGAUCAUUUUGCAUGCAGUACGUCCCAGGUUCAAUUCCUUCUUCAGAUAGGGCUGGGAAUGUCGCAUCUGAAACACUGUUGAAAGUCAAUGUUGAUAGUACUGAGCUAGAUAGAUCAAUGGUCUGAUUUAAUAACCCAAAUUAAUUUUUUGUGUACCUUCUUCUCUUCUGUUGUUCCCCUGCAUGACAUGACAAUCUGGCAGUUUGGGUACCAGUGCAGUUAAAGCAAAUAUGAGAGAUUUGUGUCUUUCCAGAUGUUGUUGAACUCAGCCCCAGCUAGCUUGGCCAACCGCCAGGGGUGUUAGAAGCUGUAGUCCAACAAGACCUGGAGGUCAUAGGUACCCUGUUUAGGGAAGCUUUUAAUGUUUGAUGAACUACUGUAUUUUAAUAUUUUGUUGGAAGCCGCCCAGAGUGGCUGGGGAAACCCAGCCAGAUGGGUGGGGUAUAAAUAAAUUAUUAUUAUUACUACCCCAUCCAUGGAAUAAAGCUUGCGUCUGCAGUUUAGAAAAGGUGGAAAGAAUACAGGAAAACAAACUAAAUAGUAAAAUAAACUCUGGCAAUCAGUUCAAGUAACCUCCACAUCAAUGUCUCAUUUAAAGUUAGAUCUCGGCAGUUAAUAGCCUUACUUUAAUUAAUAUAAUUGCCUUCCAGUGGAGCUUAAAAAAACCACCACAGGGUAAAACAUGCAACCUUUUAAUUCCACUUAUCCUGAUCCCAGGCAAAGGAAUCCAAUAAUUGGAUGCAAAGCAAACCAUCACUCCAACAAAUAAAACUAUAAAAUAAUUCCAAGUCCCACAAAUAAGUACUUUCUGCUCAAAAAAUCAGUUUUGGGGGAACAUGCCAACAAUGCCUAUAUUACAAAUCAGUCUUUAAAAGCACUGUAAUUCUUGACAGAUGUUACAACACUAAUGUUAAAAACAAUUAAAUGUAUGCCACUCCAGUGUUAAACUUUCCUUUCCCUUGCCACUUUGUCUUCUUUGAUUCUGUUUGCUGCAUCUCAUUGGCCCUUUCCUGACAUUAUUUCUAGUGAUGUUUGCUUUCAUGUAAUCUACUUCUUCCUCCCUUCAACUGAUGGUUGGACUGGUCCGUCAAAAAAACACCCAGUGUAUCAUGCAAUUGAUGGUGGGGUUAUUUUAACUUCAUGGGAAUCCUGAUGAACUUCUUGCUUGUGAUUUGUGAAACCUUUCUUGCUAUGUUCUAUGUACUUCUUCCCAUCUACAGAAGAAGAAUGGGCUUAUGGACCAUGAUGACUUCAGAGCCUGCUUAAUUUCCAUGGGCUAUGAUCUGGUAUGAAUUUUAAGACAUAGUUGAUUUGUUAAAGUGUUCCAUGUGCUACAGAUACAGCAUUUUACACUACAGGUGCCCUAGCAGAAUUAUGGAUGCUUUCAUAGAACACCCACAGCCAAACACAAGUUACUCAAAAUCUUAGUUUACCAAACUUGUUUCUUCCCCCCUAUAGCCAUGUACAAAUGUAUCUGUAUGCCUUUGUGGACAUAGACAUUAACUUAAACAUUAUUUAUCCACAGAUAAAUUUUAUGUCCACAAAGGCAUACAAAUACACCAGAAUAUAUUCUAUUACUUUUCUGGAUAAAGUAAAUCUUUUAAUUAUUAUUAUUUUUUUAAUAAAACCAAGCAGCUCCAUAAACUGAUUGUUUAAAAUUUCAUGAGACCUGAUUCAACUGAAUAUUUGUGUGAGCAGGAGCCAGCACAAUGAGUUGCAAUGAGACUUCCCUGGUCUCCUCCUCUGCAUGCCCCCACCUGCAUUGGGUGGUCAGGAGGACCCCCAGAAGAGCAUACAGGGGAGAAUAGGGGAGAUUGUUCCAUAUGGCAAGCAGAAACACUUGUGCUGACCAAACUAUCAUAAUAGCGCAAUUUUUAAUUCCACCUCUGGUUUAUUAUGCUUAGUUUUGGUAUUUGUGCUAUGCUUCAAGACCACAAUUUGUGCUAUGCUUCAAGACCACAAUUGAAUAAAGCACCAGAUUUCAGUGGGCUUAAGCCUGCUUAGCUCUCUUUGUGACCCAUGGCUGUGAAAUAACCCCUUCCUAUCUGAAAAUACUUAAAAGAAAUUUUUGCGUACAUAAAAAUAAUGACAAUUUGGACACAAAAGUGAAUUUUGUAUUUUAAAAAGCAAAACUGUGAGGUUGUAUAUAUUUGCUUAUAUAAUUCUUUCUUAUUUUCCCCUCUACCAUGACUGAUUUUGAAUCAUAUCCAAGGGUGAAGCUGAGUUUGCCCGAAUCAUGUCCUUAGUUGAUCCCAACGGUCAGGGAACAGUCUCCUUCCAAUCUUUUAUUGACUUCAUGACCAGAGAGACUGCAGACACUGACACUGCUGAACAAGUUAUUGCUUCUUUCAAGAUCCUGGCUUCAGAUAAGGUCAGUGUUUUUGUCUGCAGAUGGUGGGAUUUUCCAUUUCCCUCAGCUCAUACAGGGUACCCAAAUGCUAGAAAAGCUAAACAAAAUGUUCUAUAACAUACCGUAGGUUAAAAACAGCAGGUUAAAUAAUAUUCACAUGGCUUAAAUAAAGGAUAGCAGCAGGAUGGUUUUGGCAAACCAGAGUGACAAGUCCGCUCAUGGCAAUUCUAGAGAAACUUGACCUAAAUUUUACAAAUUCUAUAGGCCCCAAAUUCUGCAGCUGAAAUUAAAAAGUACACGCAAGCUCAAAUUUUCUAAUGAGGAAAGCACAACUUUGUCCAGGCAGGUUGCUGCACAAUCCUUGCUUGCAGUGAAAAAUGCCAAGGAUCAGAGGAGCUACACAUGGGUGUCAUGUGGCUUGUGUGAAUCAAUUGUAUCAGAGGCCUGUAAAAUAUGUAGAAAUGCCCUAGCAUAACUGGUAGGAAAAUCUAUGAGAAUGCAGUAUGAUAUAUUUAUGGCAUAUCACAGUUUCCCUGGGCUUCUGACCAGCCCUAUAGAAUUGCCACUGUAGGGUAUAAACAAUAAAUAUUUCAUAUUUUUUUCUGAUGUUGAGAAGCUACAGGAAAACCUCUGAAGAAAUUCCUUUUUAUAAAUCUUUGCAGCCUUAUAUUCUUGCUGAGGAGCUGCUUCGAGAACUGCCACCCGAGCAAGCUCAGUACUGCAUCAAAAGAAUGCCAGCCUACAAAGGUCCAGGUGGUGUUCCUGGAGCUCUGGAUUAUACCUCAUUUUCAUCAGCAUUGUAUGGCGAAAGUGACCUGUAACGAGCAGCGGUCACCUUAGGCAUGUUAAGUGAAUAUAUAUGUAUUACCCUCCAGUUUGCUCAUUGAAAAGUGCGGCAAGCUGACUUCAAAAUAAGUUUAGCAGGUACAUUCAGUGAGUAACCAGUAUAUCAAAUAAAGUGUGCAGCAUUGAUAGUUUUUUACAUCGUUCAUAUGUAGUUUGUCAGCCUUAUAUAGUUACCCACUGCAUUUGCCUAACGCCUUACCUGGUUGUAAUUUAAAGUAAAAAAACAAAGCCUGUAGGAAGUAUUUCUCUCAGUGUCAAGUUAGGAAGCCUCAGGAAAAAGAUAAAAUAUCGAAACCUUUUGAAAGUUUAGCCCAUUAAAACAUUAAAAUUCAUGAAAUGUUUUCCUUAAGAAUUAUCCGCGCUUUAUGCGAGUCUUUCACUGUCUCCCCUCCAGGUGCCUGUUUUUUUACUUUCAUGCUGAAGUCGUGCUCUCAUCUGUGGAGACCAGAUUUGGCACGCUUCUGCAGGUAGAGUUGCAUAUACGAGAGAAACAAGGAAAUGAAUCAAACCAAGAACAUACUACCUAAUAUCAUACUGAACUCUAAUUAAUUAAUUUAUUUUAAUGUGUAACUCUGUUUUUAAUUUUGGUUUGGCUUUCUGUUGGCAUAAAAGUCACAGAGCCUCAAGAGUUCUAUGUCAACGGAUGGAUGAUUAAAAGCAAUAGAUUAUAUUCAGCUAAGUCAUAUUCAGAGCACAGCCAUUAAAAUCAGCAGACAAGUUACGGAAGUCUGUUUAUUUCAAUGGCUCUGCUCUUGAGUAUGACUAAUAUUGGUUAUCACCUAAUACCUGGCUUUUACCUGGGCAGCUGAAAGGGCACAAAAUUAACAGGAUAAUAUAAAGAAGCUCAACAUGUUUGUGUUAAACUGUUUUGCUUUAUGCUGUGUUCAUUGUUCUGCUGCAUUUGUUCUUGAUUAAUGCUGAAUGUCAGUUUUUAGUCAGGUUUUUUUUUUUACCUUAGUACAGCAAAUGUAUGGCAGGUUAUUGGUAACCAUUUGUCAUCUUAGAAGCCUAUAUAGAGCAAUAAACUUUUUUACUUGAAGCAGUCGUGGGGGGGGGGGGAUGCAAUGCAAGCACUUAGAAGUAUCAGCAAAUGGCAAAGAACACCAUACAGCCCUGUAUUCUUAAAAUGUGCCUGUUAAAUAAAGCCUGCUUUUCAAACAUUAAAAUGGAUUUAGUUAUGGAGAUUCAUUCAGUAUACCUUCAAAAGAAUGCACAACUAGAUAUACUUGGUGUCUUUCCCCAAAUUUUCUCCCAAUUUAGUUGAUUUCCUUUGGAGAACUCUACUUAGCAAGCCACUUGACCAUCUUUUAUUUCUUUUACAUAGAAAAUGUCAACUAUGCUUAUAAGUAAUAAUUUGACCAUAAGGAGUGGUGGCAAACUGCUUCUCAACAAAGGUGUUGACUCAGGAGAGUUGGGUGAACCCUACACAUU